GCUGGUUAUCGUUUGCAACGCAAGCUGCAAAUUCAGAAAACAAAAGCAAAAGGAAAAAAGUAAGGGUAAACGGUGUGUGAGGACGCUGUACCAGCAAAACGACCGAGGUCAGUGGGUGUGAGUUCAAAUAGACGUUGUUUUAACUGAAAUUUAAACUGCUUACUUCUAUCUCUUUACUAUUGAGACAGGGGCAAUCAAAUGAGGCCUAAAAAACAAAAUUUGGUUUUGUUUCCUCUGUGGAAGUUCAUAAAACCAACCACAUUUGCGUCACAUUAAAUAUGUGAAAAAUUCCGCAAAUGCUCUACAUAGUUUCCUUUGAGAUUUAGUUCAAAUUUUGUGACUACAACAUAUUUUCCUACACAAAAUUUUAAAAUAGUCGUAUUUUACAAUUAAAAGCAAGAAUUUAUGUUCCCUGUUGUCUACAUUAGUCACAAAGCGUUUUUCGCAAGUUAAUUGAUUGUCUUUAGAUUCUUAGCGAUGGUCAUCGUUUGCAACGCAAGUGCAAGUAAAGUGUAAAGUGCUUGAUACGUUAAAGUAGAGCGUGAUAUAUAAAUAUAGGAAAUAGGAAAAAAACUACACUUUCAUCCCGACAAGCCUGUUUCGUGAUCGCUCAUUAAAUCCCCUGAAGAGUGAGCGAUCACGAAACAUGUCGGGACGAAAGUGUAGUUUUUUUCCUAUUUCCUAUAUAUAUAUAUAUGAAGCCUGUGUUACGAUUUUUCCGUAGUAAAGUGCUCGAUACGUUAAAGUAGAGCGUGAUAUAUAAAUAUAGGAAAUAGGAAAAAAACUACACUUUCAUCCCGACAAGCCUGUUUCGUGAUCGCUCACUCUUCAGGGGAUUUAAUGAAUAUUCUUAUCAUUAAAUCCCCUGAAGAGUGAGCGAUCACGAAACAGGCUUGUCGGGAUGAAAGUGUAGUUUUUUUCCUAUUUCCUAUAUAUAUAUAUAUAUGCUUUACUUUUUGCCGAAGUUUAACCUGCCUACCAACUUCUAUUUCUUUGCUACUGACGUAGCGACAAUCGAGAGAGACCUAAAAAUAGUAUUUGGAUUUCUUCAGUCUACGAAAGUUCAUAAAAGCCACAUUUGUGUCAAAUGAAAUAUGCGAAAGAUGCAAAUGCUGUACUUAAGGUGUCGGUAAAGGAAAACGAGGUGCCCACAGAAAAAAUUCUAGUCGCGCGAGUAUUUUCGCUACAAAGGCAAGUUAUAUAUCAAAUUAAAGCUAAAAGAGUACAUUACCUUAUAAAAGAUUUUAUUUUAUCGAAUUUCAAAAGGCGCUUAAGUUUUUUGCUCUCGAACUCAGAGGUAUCGAGUUUACUGCUUAAGCUCCAGCACUUUUGCGUUGUUAAAUAUUCACUUCCUUUUUAUUGCAUCUGAUUGACAGAUAACAGACCUAAAAAAGGGUGUGAGGAACUUUCCGAUUUCUCUUUGUAACUCAUUUUAUGUCAGUUUCUUUGCGUAAAUUGCGCUCGAGAUUCGACUUUUUAGUUUGAAAUGCAAUAAUUCCGCUAAUACGAGACAUAUGCAAAUUUCCUCACACCCUUUUUUAGGUCUUUUAUCAGUCAAUCAGAUGCAAUAAAAAGGAAGUGAAUAUUUAACAACGCGAAAGGGCUGGAGCUUCAGCAGUAAACUCGAUACCUCUGAGUUCGAGAGCAAAAAAAUUAGGCGCCUUUUGAAAUUCGAUAAAAUAAAAUCUUUUAUAAGGUAAUUUAGUAGUCUUUAAGCUUUGAUUUGAUAUAUAACUUGCCUUUGUAGCGAAAAUACUCGCGCGGCUAGAAUUUUUUUCUGUCGGCACCUCGUUUUCCUUUACCGAGACCUUAAAUUCCUUUGAAAUUUAGUUCAAAUUAUCUGAUUACAACAUUUUUUCCCAGACAAAAAGGUGAAAAUAGUCUUAUUUUGCAUUUAGAUGCAAGAAUUUAUGUUCCUGUUGUCUACAUUAAUCACAAAGCGUUCCACGCAGGUUAAAUAUCUUUAGAUUCUUAGCGCUGGUCAUCGUUUGCAACCCAAGCGCCGCCAUUUAAAUACAACCUUUCAUAAGCCACUUGCGCAUCACUAACUAAGCAUAACAAAUUGGAAUCCCCCGUAACAUCCGUAUAACUGAAUCGCAUUAUCGCUAUAGAAUAAGGAACUUAAGGAAAAAAAACUACUGGAGAAAAUUUUAGCCAGGAGGCCAUUGUAGUCUUCAAAUCUUCAUGUUCUCUUUUAUUUGUUCUUUUACUUUGUCCGUUUGUAUGUUUUAAUCGCGAUCCUCGUGCUAAAAUAUUGUCUUAUUACGUUUCUUUUAGCAGACAUUUACUAACAUCUUAUUUUAAAAGCUAUUUAUAAGGCAUGUGCUGAUAAAAUGCGUUGGACCAUGAAAGAAGUGCUUAAAAUUUGCUACUAGUUUUGAAAGCGUUCAGCCGUUUGAAGGUGAGUUAAAUUAAAUAACUCAUUGGGCUGACCACCAUGUAUGCGACAUCAACAGGGCCAGAGAAAGUCUAGCUCGAACUGCAACCCAAAACAAGAAUGAAAGUCGCUGAAGUAUAUGAAAACGUCGUCGAGGACGAGUCUGCGACUGAUGUAGGAGUACAAAGAGUUAACAUUGGAAAUACCAAUCAAGACGGCAGCAACAGAAGACAAGCGCCACCAAAGACGUUGACACCAACAGGGCCAGAGAAAGUCUGCCUCGAGCUGCAACCCAAAACAAGAAUUAAAGUCGGUGAAGUAUAUGAAAACGUCGUCGAGGACGAGUCUGCGACUGAUGUAGUGGUACAAAGAGUUAAUAUUGGAAAUACCAAUCAAGAUGGCAGCAACAGAAGACAAGCGCCACCAAAGACGUUAAAUGCUUCGCGAAAAGAUGUCCGGAAAAUCCAACGAAUGCAGCUCCUGAUCGUUGUCGCUGUGGUCAUAACUUUCCUGACGGCGGUAGUCAGUUUGGUUUUCAUAAUCACGAUAAAGUGGCCUCGAAACACUCCAGCUGUUUCAAAACAAGGAGCAGAAGAAGGAACUAUACAAGGUAGGAUGGGAAGCGAGUCUUAUACCUAACUAAUAUACGUGAGAUAUCGCUCGCGGUAAUUUGCAAGAUAGUAAAAUGGUUAGUGGCAUGAAAAUCCGAGACUUUUGCGGGAGAAAUUAAAGCUAACCAUAUGAGACAGACUAGACAAAAAUUUUCAGAGACUGCAAAUGUCUUUACAUCCUCGGAGACCCAGGGGCAGAUAGCGGGGGGAAGGGAAAGUCUAAACGGGUGGGAAAAUAUGGCACGAAGAAAAGUAAAGAACGGCGAGAAGAGCCCCUGGGGACAAUGUCUUACCAGACCGGUUCCAAACGGUCGCCGCCGUUCUGGCUUCUGAUUGGUUCCAGAAAACUUUUGUGUUGUUCUGUCCAAUCAAAAGGCAGAACGGCGGCGACCGUUUGGAGCCGGUCUGGUAAGACAUUGUCCCCAGGGGCUCUUCUCGCCGUUCUUUACUUUUCUUCGUGCCAUAUUUUUCCGCCCGUUUAGACUUUCCCUCGCCCCCACUAUCUGCCACUGGGUCUCCGAGGAUGAUGUCUUAAUUUAUGACUGUGUGUGGUCUUAUAUGAUAAUUGGUGGUUGUAUGAAUGAAGGAAAGAUAUGUUGACGCAAAGAGUACCAAAAAGAGCAAUUUCUAUCUGAAUCUGCUAACACAGAGUGUUAAUCAAAACAUCCAACUUUAAAGGUGAGCCCUUUUUUUUAUUUUUGUGAGGUUAUCGAAACCUUUGAGGAUGGUACGGCAUAUUUUAAAACAUUGCGCACCUUUUUUACUCUGUGGUAUCACAGUUUCUACAAAUUCACAGUGUAUUUAACUGUCGCCUAAAACCAACCAGACUAGAUGAUUACUGUUAAAACACUUUCCUAAGUUUCAGUAUAGGAGAAAAAAAGUCCACCUCGCAGAAAAUGACCACGUAAUUGAGUUAUUUAUAGACUGCUUAAAGCACGACUGUACAGUGGUGAAGUGAAUUCAAGAAGCUUUUGGACAGUUUACCACCCAGCAAGCGCGUAGAUCUAUCAACCACUGAUGAAAAAGCAAUGGAAACACUUUAUAUGGUCUCUUCGGUUAACGUUCCGCCUUCAACAAAGUGUAGUUGAGGAUAUUUCAACGGUUCACAUUGCGAACCGUAUUCUUAAAAAGUAAACACAACAGUUUGUAAACGAACGGUUCACCAUGGUUCACCGUUGAGAAAUUGUCCAUUAAAAAUUUUUAAACAUUCUUCCCAGGGUUUUUUCUCGGCUGUAGGUGACGUCCACAAAAGAAACCGAAAACAUUGUGAAAUUGGCCGAGCUUUCAUUAAUUUAAGCAGAGGCGGAAACCAGACUCCCUUUGUUUGUCACGCACUCUGAAACGACUAAAAUUUCAAUAGUCGUACGCCAUCGCAUUCCACGCAUCCACCAGCACUCCUUUUUGAUAUAGACUUUGGCCGACUCCUUUAUUUCAACUCAGAAGCUACUGAGAUUUUUAUAUGACAAGAAAACUUCCCUAUGAGCUAAAAAUUCACCCAUCGUAGAUUUACAUAAAGUAUAUAUAACACACUUGCUUCUGAUCAUUUGCGAAAUGAUAGCUGAGCUUGUACUGUUUUAGAGACGAUAAUUACAGUAAAUUGUACCGCUUGUAAUUUGUUGUAACUUUGAAACUCUGCUGCACGAUAUACUUCUUUCCCAAUACAAUUUUAAAUAGUGAUUUCUGAAGUCUAAACUCAUGUUACAUCACAGGGCGCCCACACAAUAGGUUUGUGUAGCCGAUUGUUAUUUUAUAGUAAAUGUACUGGAUUUCCCGUUUGCUUCACCUAUAGCGAUAUAUCGCUAACUAUGUAUAUAAAUCAAUGAUAAAUAAACGUUGAAUUACCUUACCUGUGGUGUAUAGUCGUCCUUUUGCCUCAAAAGCGGUUUUUUGAGCGAUUUUGAAUGAAUUUGAGUUCGCCGUUGACUGUUCCAUGUCCUUCUAUUCUAUGGAACAGUCAACGGCGAACUCAAAUUCAUUCAAAAUCGCUCAAAAAACCGCUUUUGAGGCAAAAGGACGACUAUACACCACAGGUAAGGUAAUUCAACGUUUAUUUAUCAUUGAUUUAUAUACAUAGUUAGCGAUAUAUCGCUGUAGGUGAAGCAAACGGUAAAUCCAGUACAUUUACAAUAAAAUAACAAUCGGCUACACAAACCUAUUGUGUGGGCACCCUGUGGUUACAUCUCUCAACGUCCACUUUUAAAAUCGUCCGUUUUCAGAUAUUGCACCUUUCACUACAGCAAAGGCAAUCCCGGUCAUAAUAAAUUGUUGAAACGCUUGCGAGCUUUUCCUUCCCUUUCCUUUCAAUGUUGAUUUGGAAGACGUUUUUGCCCAAGCAAACGCGUGAAACCAACAUUGAGGGAAGGGGAGGGAAGUAAUAAGUGUAUUUAUGAACGACUAAGUUUAUGCUGUGUUUUCCGGAAGUGUUUCAACAAAUUAUGACCGGGAUUGUGGCGUUUUUGUGGGUACAAUUCGUCGCCACUAGUUUGUGACCAAGCUAACCCCUCUACAAAUUAAGAAUAUACAUGUACGGUAACUACCUACAGAGAUGAUUGACUUUGUCUCCAUUAACGUUUGGAGCACUUUUUGAAAUAAAAAUGUAUGCGGAGAUGAUCUCAGAAUAAUUAUGCAAUUUUCUUAUGAACACCUGGAAAGAAUGCAAGUUCAGCAGUUUAUUCUUGGCAUGGUCUUUAAAUCUUUCCUCUUGAACCCGGCUGUUCCUAGGAUCAUAUAUCUCGUGAGACUUAAUGUAGAAAAAUUAACUCAAUUAGAUCAAUAUCCAAUCUUUUUGCAGGGGUAUGAUAGAGAGGCAUUUGUACUCUUAAUGAAUUAUUGUUUUUCGAUUUUGCAAGUCUAAUUUUUGUUAAGGCUGUUCAACACAUGUUAAAGUUAUGAUUCAAGACUCUUUGUAUGAUACUAUUCUUAGGUUAUGUUGUCAAAUUCUUGACCAUGUAAGAACAGUAUGGAUGGGAUAAUUAUUUUGUCUUUUGUUGGCGUUUACAAGCCUUAAAAUUGCAACAGUUUGGUUUUCAAGUGAGCAAUCAAUAAUUCCAGUAAAUUAGCAUAAUCCGCGGAACUGAACUGCUGCAGAAUAAUAGGCCAUUUCCGGGUUGCCUGAAACCUUUGUGUCAUUUAAUGCAAGGAUAUGACGUGCAAAGCUAUUGAUAUUAAAAUUAGUUUUUAUUCUCAUGCAAAUAAAACUCAUUUUCAGAAGAAAGAUUUUGCACCUAGGAACUCGGAACAGGCCUUCAUCAUUAUCAAUUAAAACAGAAAAAAAUUUGUUUGCCAUCAUCAUCUUCAUUAUUUAUUAUUUCAUCUACCUUUUAUUAUUAUUAUUAUUAUUAUUGUUAUUAUUAUUAUUACAGUAUUACUUCUCGGUCACAUUUUUUGAACCUUUCAGAAACGUUUACGGCAUAAACACAAGAAGUUAGCUUUUCAAUAUUAAAAAAAAACAUUUUACGCAAAACGAACGCUUUGAAAGUGUCAAUUUUUUGUGAAGUAAAAAAAAAAUAAAAGAAAAUGUCUUAUGAGAGAAUUAUUAUUUUAUAGAAAAUUUACAUAAUGAGACAAAACUGAAAAUUCCAUGAAAAUUCCAUUUUACAAAUCCUCAUCAUGUAAACUGAAGUUAAAUGUUGAAGACUGUGCAACAAGCACUCAGUUGUGUAACAGAAAUGCCGUUUGUAAAACUACGGAGGGGUCCAGCAUCUGCAUCUGCAAUCACGGAUACGCUGGAAAUGGAAAAAUAUGCACUGGUAAUCAUUAGAACAUUACUAACAUCCCUAUUAGGGUCGUACUAAAUAAUUAAUGUGCUAUACAGUUGACUAAUAUUCUAUUGUGUGUGUGUGACAGACUGUUUUUCCAUCUGUCUGGCCACGCCCGCCUGUCUGCAUAUUCGUCUUUCACAUUCGUCUAUCGGUUGAUUUAUGUCGGCUUGGUUUAUUUCCUUAUGGGUGUGUGUAUUUUAAUGAUCUUUUAAACAACUGAGCUUUUUGUCUAAGCAUACAGUCUAACUAAAGUAUUCAAGUUGGAAAGCAACUACCUAACGUCAGUGUACUUUUAUUCUGUUAUUGUUUAGACGUUAACGAGUGUACAAGUAAUACCCAUUCAUGCGCCAUCCACGCAGAGUGUGAAAAUGCCAUCGGAUCACACAGUUGUACUUGCAGACCUGGAUAUACCGGAAAUGGAAAAACAUGCGCUGGUGAAUAUCGAAUCAAAUGUAGUAAAGAAUGAAAUCUCGAGAAAUUUCUGCGAAAGCAGGACUUUUUCUUUAGCAAAAGUUAUCCUUUGUGAACCACAAUGCCUGCCUGCUCAAACUGAUAGGGGUUAAUAGUAAUUCAAGCAAAAAUAAAAGAGGCCUGCGAAGCAAAAAGUUAACAUUCAACCUCCCCCCAGUUUAACAUUACGACAGGUUUCAAUUAAUAUAAUUUCCACUUCCCCCUAAAGCCCCCCGACUUAUUCUAGUUGAAAUGGUAGACUGAUAAGGAUCGUCCAACCGUUUCGAGAGCGUUUGUCGCGGUUCUGAAUGUAUUCCUCUCAACCUCGAGGCCAACAGUGAAUUUUGAUAAUCCGUAACUGUCUUAUUGGUUGUAUUUAAUUUAUCAUCAUCAUCAUCGUCAUCAUCAUCCUCACCCUCAUCCUCAUCCUCAUUAUUAUUGUAUUAUUAUUAUGAAUGCAUACAGUGUAAGUUAAUGAAUAUACUGUAUUAAAUGCAUAUGUUGUUAUUGAAACAACCGUUAACUAAAACAUAUUUAUUUUGGGACACAUAUUGAUGAGUGUGAAACAAGUAUCUAUUCAUGUGAUAGGAAUGCGAUUUGUAACAAUAACAUGGGAUCAUACAACUGCAGCUGCAGUCCUGGGUACUUUGCAAAUGGUCAAGCGUGUCUCGGUAAUUGUCAAAUUCUUACUCAGUGGGUGGUACUACUUUUUUUUGUGGUUUUGUCAAUAAUAGUUUUAAGAUUCUUUGUACAAAACAAUGUAAAAAAGGAAAAAAAACAAACAAACAAACAAACAAAAUAAUUGUUUCGACCUUUCGGCAACAAAAGUCUUUAGCUAGCUGUGUUCAUUCAUGCCAUUUGUAGAGUACUUUAAUUCUUUUGAGCUCGCUUUUAUUUCUAUUCCUCGAUAAUGUCAUGAUGUCGCCGAAACUUCGGAUCUUUUUUUCGCUAGUUUUUACAUGUUUAUGUUUCUCCGAAUCAUUAUUAAUUAAGAUUCUUUAAGUUUCUAAAUUUGUUCUACAAUACUGUUGAUAAAUUUGGAUUUGUAGUAAGCAUCCCGUGUUCCUCGUGAGGUAAGGUGGCUCGACUGCAUUUUUAAGGAGUAUACUUCCCCACUUUGAGCGUUUACCACGUCGGCAUUAACAAAGAUAACGCAAAAAGGUUACCACAGCUGCACUGGAUAAAGAUGAACAUUUGUUAUGAUCCAUGUUUUAUUGACAUCAAAGUUACCAUGGCAACAUGGUAACUUUGAUGUAUUUCUUGCGACUUAUCUGCAGCAUGGCGGUUUUGGACAACGUAGAUGAUUAGCUGCAACGGGCCUUUUAAAUUUAUUGUCUCGAAAUGAUUUCAGCUUUUAGCUCCUUUUUAAUGUGCUUGAGUCAGCAAAAUAUUGUCUUUAUUUUUUCUUUCUGUUAAAUGUAUUUUAUUCAGGCUUAGCAUUUCUUUUUCGUUAAGUAGAUGUCAAUGAGUGUACAACCGACGCCCACAGCUGCAACUACCUGGACAGUUUCACUACCUGGCCAACCCAAUUAUCCACCUUUCAACUUAAUAAUAAUAAUAAUAAUAAUAAUAAUAAUAAAACAAAUCAGAAUGUAGUUAUGGCUGUUAUGUUUGCUGUCUUCUAGCAAUAAAAGUGCUAAUUAUAGGCAAUGCAAAAAUGUGCAAAAAGGUAACGCAAAUACAAACGUGACCAAAGAAAGGAAAAUAUGAAAUAAUGAAAACUAACGAAACAAAAAUACAAAGUAUUACAAACCUUGUCAGCCUAAACGUCCACGGAGGAGACCAAAUGAAAUGCCAUAAACGCGAGCAAUAACAAACAUUUAAGCCAGCGCUGAAUUCGUGAGCAUAAUUGGAACUCUUAAUAGCUUGGUCACAUGACUGAAAGGGAGCGAAAGUAGUUACUACCGCGCGAGGAACCGCGUGUUGCGAAAGCCUGGGCUGGCCAACAGCUACCAAAUGCAUUUUCUUUUCUGGUUUAAUUACCUGUACACGAUUUUCCAUUGCCGCUAUAUCCUGGAUGACAAGUGCAGUUGUACGAUCCAUUUGUAUUGUUACAGUAAGCAUUUGUCUUCAGGGCGGAAAAACGUUCUGCGCAAGCUUCUGCGCAUCCUUUAUCGCAGGCUCAAGGCGGGCUUUUCUGUGUGUUGACUACAGUGCUGACUACAGUUUGUUUGUUUGUCACUGAGAGAGUUCUGACUAAGACUGAAUGAAAUGCAAGGUGUGAACGUUUGCUCCUCGAAAAGCCUUUUUACUUUUGUGUGGUUUUUGUUUUUCGUCACUUGAAAAUUACUUUGGACUCGGAACAACCAAUGUUAAAGGAAAAACGGAUCAUUCCGUCAGUCUGAGGUGGAAUAAAGAGUUUUGAACAUUUCCAAAGAGGCGAGUAUCUUUUUUGAUUGUUCAUUCGAUUUAUUUGUGAGUUGAUUUCGCCUUCUUUUGCCGGGCUGAAUUAAAAUGCACUUUUUUUUAAAUUAGUAAAUACUUUUUCACAUGCCCAGAUUUAUUCCCUUUGUAGAACCUGCUUUAUCCUUCUCUUCAGUCAAAGAACCAUUUUGUGCGCCGUAAAACUUUCUCGGAAAUACCGGUAGAAGGCCAGUAAACUUACUCUAGAAGAAAAGAAUCAUUUUUCUGUUGCUCAAAUACAAUAAGUAGUCAGAGUUUUCGUCCCUUUUAACUUCAUAAUUUUGUUUUCCACUGCACUGUGAAAGUUUCUGUUCUUUGUAAGAAAAAACUUUAUGUACGCAAAUUUUCCAUUUCACUCGCUGUGAAGUAGAGGACAACUGCCGGCAGUAACUUCAAAACAAUUGACUCUGCCCGUAACACUGAAUUGCUGGAGCUGGAUUUGUCUGAAGCGAGCAAAACAAAUACCCUUCUUAUGUGCAGUUUUCUGAAUUUUGUCACGAUUGGCUGAGUUUAAUUUGCUUGAAUGAAGACCCUCACAUGGACCAGUUAUUCACUGAGUUAUUAAAGCGUGGAGAAGCUACAUGGUGAAUCAUGGUUUAGCUGCGAAGCUCACUGCAACUGAUCUUUUGCUCUUAAGAUCUUUAGGUAGGUUGUUUUCGUACAAAAAAUUCAUUUCUUCAUUGUCAGCAAGAAGUUUUUGCAAUAAUGUAAUUUUAACUUUGUUUGAAGGAAAUCUUACUUACGUGUAGGUUUUUGACAGAUGUUAUGCAUUUUCAACUUGACAACACAAAGCGUAGUUUAUAUUUAUCUCUUAGUACGCGAAACGAUCAAGUUUAGAAAUAAACUAUAGUUCCUUUAAAACCGAUUUUUGGGAAGAUUUUACUAGAUAAAGAUUGACCUUUUUUCUGCCCGCAUAUCAACGCAAUAACUUCUACAUUGAGGAUUUUGUUUAUAUUUUAGUUAUCUGCGAAACUACGAGUGUCUGAUCGAGCGAGGGUUUUAAAAUAUCAGCUCGAGUGCGACAAGUUCAGUGCCUUCAAACACAUUGUGGGCAAGCGUUAAUUUUUUUGGGCAAAUCACUGUCCAAAGAUAUGUUGUUUUUGUGUCCACAGUGGAGCUCCGGACCUUAUAUAUCCAGGAACUUCCUUAUAUGAACACAUUUUGUGAAUGCAUCUUGAAAAAAAUCGGACCUACGCAUGCACAUUUCCAGUACAACGCAAGGAAAUUGAUGUCGUUAAAGUCCGUUUUACUAUGAGGUAUUCUUCGAGAAAAUUAAGAAACCACAAGGUUAUAACCACAGCUUGCAACUUUUGAAGACAAAUUGCCUGUUCUUUCCAGGUUAUGAGUGGAAACAUCUUAUUUUUAGGCAAUGAAAUAUUUGAAAUCCCGCCAUUUUUUCAAACCCGGCCAGGGGAUCUGGGCAAAAAAGUUCACGCAUGCUCAAUACGUUUUUCCGCCCUGAAGCAUUUGUCGCUUACUCAUUGUGCAUGUAUGGCCCGUAAUUUAUGGUAUUUGGGUAUCACUAAUAGCGCGUUCCAAUGGUUCUAGCAGCUCCUCAAUAUCAGAUAAUGUGCAUAGCAGCUAGGCUUGUGGUUGGGUUGCUGCAAACUUAAUAGCUGAAUUUCCUAGUAUGGUGUGUAGCGAUGUCGAGAUCGACCCAGUACUUCAAGACAUCUGCUGCGAACAUUUAAACAGAGGAUCUAACAAAGCUCAGGAUGCGAGGUUAGAUAUCCACGCGCGUGGUUUCUGGGAGCGACAUGGAUCAGCAUUCUUCGAUGUGAGGGUCUGUCACCCUAAUGCUGUAUCGUAUAGGGACCUAGAACCACAACAAAUUUAUCGUAUCCAUGAGAACGUGAAAAGCGUCUCUACUCAAAGAGAGUCCUGGACAUCGAGUAUGGAACAUUUACACCUUUGGUCUUCACCACAGCUGGCGGAAUAGGAAAGGAGUGCUUGAUGUAUCAUAGCCGUUUAGCACAGCUGAUUGCCAUCAAAAAAGGGAAGCAGUAUGCCAAAACCAUCUCAUGGAUCAGAAACAGAACCUCAUUCGCACUCUUGAGAUCUGCGUUGGUUUGUCUUAGAGGCUCUAGGACAAGAAGAGUGCCAUGUGACAUUAAGAAUGUUGAUAUUGACGUCGAAGUUGUUGAAGGAGCCAUUCAAUCGGGCUAUUGAUGUGUUUCCCUACUUUGAAAUGGCAAAUAUUCGUCAUUAACACAUUGACAACGCUAUUUGAUUUUCCUCUUUUUUAGUGAUUUUUUUUAGUAAUUAUCUAAGUAAGAAUGCAAUUUACCAUGAAAAAAGUUUAUUCUUUUUUUUAUUCGAAAUGAAUUGUUUUAAUUGAAGUGAAAUGUUCUUAAUUUGAAUAAUUUUUGUUUAAUGAAAUGAUUUUUUUUCCUAAUCAAAACUAAGUGGUAUUUUUUUAAACGAAAGGAAUUGUAAAUAGUGUUUUGACAAAAUAGUUUUUUUAAGUGAAUUAAUUGUAAAUAGGAUUUUAAUAGUUAGUAUGUUAUCAAUAAAAUAUGGUCGAUCAUUAUUAUUAUUAUUAUUAUUAUUAUUAUUAUUAUUAUUAUUAUUAUUAUUAUUAUCUCCCAGCAUGCAGAUCUUUUGAAUCUCUGUCAUAGUAGCUCUCUCUGAUAUUAUUAUUAUUUUUAUUAUUAUUAUUAUUAUUAUUAUUAUUAUUAUUAUCUCUAUUAUCACAGUCUUUGCUGGUGUUCUUCACUCAAGUCAAUCAUUCUGUUCAUACAUUAUUAUUAUUAUUAUUAUUAUUAUUAUUAUUAUUAAAAUAAAAAAAAUAGUAAAAUAAAUGUCGCUAGAUCGGAUAUCUGAAAUACGUGUCUAUAUGCUUUUAUACUUAGGGCUUUUUAUGGACACUGGUUUAGCCGUCAUUAGUAUAAUUCGAUUGUAUGAUCUUAAUAUCUCUGCAUAAUGGAAUUCUUAAUUCUUAAGUUACUUCUAUUUUUUAGAAUUUGUAAAUGAAUAGUUUUUUCUUUCUUCACUUAUUAUAUAUAAGAUUGUUUUUGUUCUCUAAUGAAGGCCGAGGGGUUUCUUUUGUAACGGAUGGAAUCGUAGAUAGUGUUUUGAUGAAUUGAUUAGAUUUUUUGUAACAGCAGGUUGAUUGUAAAUAGGAUUUUAAUUGAGGUUUUAUUAAAAUUAUUACUCGUUAUUAUUUCUAUUAUUAUUAUUAUUAUUAUUAUUGGUUUCGAGUCUAACCUUAACAACAAUGCAGUGCGUAAGAAAGAAAAAUAUCUGAACUUGAUCAACGAAAUGAGCAGAAAUUGCAGAUGUGUGAGAUUUGUAAAUCUCUCCAUGAGUUCCCUUGGCGUUUUCUCCGAUGAAUGCUCCACGUUCUUCGACAUGAUGAAUGGCAUUGACAUUGACAAAAAGCAGCAACGUUAUAUAAUCAAGAAAAUGAUAAAUAUAUCCAUUAGAGCAACAUAUUAUAUCUUUUGUUGUAGAAAUAGGAACUGGGAUAGCCCAGACUUAAUGCAAUUUUGAUUUUUUUUUCUGGCUUUUGUUUUGUUUUUGUUUUGUUUUGUUUUUGUUGUUUUUUGUUUUCUGUUUUUUUUUUCUUUUUAUAAAUAAUCCAAUCUCAAGCAGCAUUUGUAAAUUGCCUAUACGUAGAGAGAUUUACAAUUGUACAUUCAAAAACACAAAUAAAGUUUCCAUUAUUAAUAUUAUUAUUAUUAUUAUUAUUAUUGUUAUUAUUAUUAUUAGUUAUUAUUAUUAUUAUUAUCAGUAUGCUAAUACUCAUGGCAUACAAGUGCAAGUAAAUUGUAAUAGACCUUGUUAGCUUGUGUGUUUUGUUUUUCCAUUUCAGACCUCGUUAAAUGGUACCCCAGAGAACUGUUUAUUUACAAUUUCGUCCUAUGAAUGUGCAUGCACCUGCAUAUGUAUGUAUAAUUUAUGAAAAGACAAAUGGUAAAUUCCAUGGAGAACAUCACGUGGUCUGAAUUGGAAAAACAAAACAUAUACAAGCUAAAAUUUAAGUCUAUUAGACAACAGUUGUUCCUUUUACUGCUUCCUAUUUGGUGUCAUGAAAAAGAAAAUGUUAGAUAAAUCCUACUACUUAAUUCCCCAUACACCAUGGUUUCUUGUCAAUUUUGGCACCCAUCUGCAAGGAAUUUAUUUGCGAAAUCGCCGAGUAUUGACAAAGCGAUUGCUAUUUUUAUGAUUUAUGUAAUUCUUAAUGUUAUAUAGUGCUUAAUUCUUACUUCAAAUAUUUCUGUAAAUUAUGUACAUAUUUUUGUUUUUAAGUUCAAUAAAAUUAUUAUUAUGAAAAAAUUAUUAUAAACGGAGCGACAAACGGAUCCCCUCCCUAGUGAUCUGCGUCAGCUCGUCACUUUGACACCCGCUGAAGGAGGGCUAGGCGUACCCGACUUACGGUUUGAAGCUCCACAGCAAUUUGCUGAUUCUACGUCAAUAACAGCAUCGCACGUAGAUUCUACUACCACACAGUGCAUGUUCAUGCUGGCAGGCGAGAAUUCCACGGCAGAGUUAAAAAGACAACAUCAAGCCUUGAAAACUGCGUCGGUUAAAUCCAGAAUGGAAAGUAUUGAUUCCACUCUACCCUCGGAUCUGCUGCGGUCAGUUAACCAAUUGAGAGACAAGGUGCGAGCUCAUGGCUUACCGCAGUACCUCUUGUCGAUCAAGGCUUGGUGCUGAAUAAACAAGAAUUCAGAGUCUCUGCGUUUAAGGUAUAAUAUGCCCCUGACCGACUUGUGAUGAGAGGUAUACAAUCUGCCAUGCCCUGUCAUGCAAAAUUUCAUGUCAAAUUCUGCCACUCAUCUGUUUCUAGUAACGUAACAGUAGCCUUUUUUCCCCCUCCUUUUAGAUAUUAACGAGUGUACGACUAACGUCCAUAAAUGUGCUUCGAAUGCUUUCUGCAAUAACACUGAUGGAUCAUAUAACUGCACAUGCAGCCCUGGAUACACUGGAAAUGGCACAUCAUGCACCGGUAUAUAUAUUAUACUUACAUAUGCUCCCGCUCUUGCAAAUGUUUAGCUAAGAGAACGUCUAGUUAACGGAUUAUGGUUAAGGAAAACGAGAAGCUGACCGUAAAACAUCUGAGAGAGCUGUGGGAAAAAGAGUUUUUGCCCGCUAUUUAGUCUGAAAUUGAGUCAGUUAAAGUACAACUUCAAUCGCAGAUUGCGACUGUAAAUGAACGUCUUCAGAAUAUUGAGCAAAAACAGUCUUCAUUGUCUUCUAAGUAUGAUAACUUGCUAGAAGCUACUCAAGGUGCAAACCAAAAAACUACAAGAGCUAGAGAAGUCGCGAAGGGAUUUGUUAAGGUGGCCCGAACCUAUUUAUAUGCACGUUGGUUAUGUUUUUGAAUCACGUUUUUCGGCGGGAAUGAUUUAACCUCUCUCUAUGAUUUUUGGCAGCCUUAAUUAAGAAUGAUGUAACUUUAAGAAAGAGUUAUUUAUUUGUGGGUAUAAAAACUCUUGAGAUAUCAGCAUAUUUUUACAAUCGCAUUUUUACAAAAAAUGUCAAUAACUUGUAAACUCUACGACAGAUCUUUCUCUAACUUCAGCAAAUAAGCCUCGGAUCUCUCUAGUUUUAUAUCUACAAGUCUGAAGUCAAUCGUGACCGUAGAACUCGCUGCACAAAAUGCUGGUCAAAUUUUAACCUUAAAAUACAACGCUAACAGAUUUGUGAAAGUUGGCGCACAAAUAGGGAAAGAGUGCCGAAGGACUAUCUCCUAUCUGCAAAGGUGUGCUUACCCUUACUCAGCAUUAAGUCGUCGUUCUUGUAUUGCGAACUGUAUUCGCCGUAGGUUUCUUGCAAUAAAGGUUUGGGCAAGAAUACCCUUGCAGAUAGGAGAUAGUCUGUCGGCACUCUUCCUCUUUAAACAUAUUACCAUAUACACUUCAUGUCAGGUUCCUCCGGAAACCAGUUAGUUUUGUUUUCCCGAGAGUCCUGAUGUUUCCCGAGACGAAGUCGAGGGAACUUCAGGACUUUCACUCCAACAGCAGCAAAAGAAUGACCGGAGCGAACGAAAACAGUCGACUCGGCACUUACAAGAACACAAAUUUAAUUCUCAAAACCACUGAAUGAAUGAUUUACAAAGUACUUUUCUUAUAUUAUCUGCAUCUUUUCCCUGCACUAGCUGCUGUCUCUCUUCUGGGAUAACUUUGAAAAUCGUUUUUAGCUUGAGGCUUCCUGGUUGUGUUGUUGUGUUCAUUAACGAAAAAGAAAACAAUCAGUGUUUUUCCCGCCUUCUCUCACGCCACUUUCCACCAUGCCUUGAUCACGUGCCUUAAUGUAUCCCGAGCGGGCUACAUUUCUUAAUGUAUCACGAUCGGAAACAUUUGAUUUUAGUCAAGGCCACGUGACCAAGAAUCAACCAAUGGCGGUCCCUGUUUAGUUGAGUGAAAGUCUAGGAAUAUAACAAUUAUUAUUAUUAACAAUUAAUGAAUGAGGCUGAGUAUCUUAUGAAGAAUUAUGGAGAUCGAGGAGGGUGUUAUCCGUCGAGGCCGUAGGCUGAGGCGGAUAACACCCUCCGAGAUCUCCAUAAUUCUUCAUAUGACACGAAAGCCGAAUUCAAUAAUUGUUUUAUUAUUCAUUCAAAAUAAUUCCUAGUUUAAAAACAAAGCUAAAACAUGCUUACCUCCACCGAUCCAUCGAUGUUAAGCUCAUCUUCGAUAGUGCACGUUUAGGGUUGUUCAGCUCCGCAAAGAUUCUCCAAAUAGCAGAUGUCGCCCUUCAAGUUGUCCUCUUGCUGUUCUUGCCAUGUUUUUAGCUAUUAUUUCGCCUAGUUCUUACUCUGGAAACGAGUGAAAUGUCCGCCAUUUUUGUUUCCACAACCAAAACAACUCAACCUCGUCCUCAGGUCUUCUCGGUUAACGGUGCAUUAACCUGCAGAAACGGUGCAUUUUUGACUCAUUUCCUCGCUAAACACAAAAUUCUUCCAAAUUUGGUCAUCAGUAACUGGUUAUGGUGAAUUAAACGUGUGCUUUUAGCCAAUCAGAAUCGGGGAAAUAUUUUGAAUGAAUAAUAAUACUCAUUAAUCAUAUUAUUAUUAAACACAGUAUUCCUCAUUAAACAUAUUCCUACUACUAAUUUCUCUCGGUGGCUUUACUCGACCAUAAAACGAGGAGAUUUUAUCUAAAGUAAAUAGAGGAAAAAUUAUGAGAGAGCCAUUGGACGCGAACCUGAUGACUUACGUAUUGUAAGGAGCUUGGCAAUCUGGCUUGUUUUGACUUCAAGUUUGUUUUAAUUUACUAGUGCCUUUUACCAGGAAUUUUACAACAAAUGGAGCCACGGGGCGACAAGGGAUUAUUCAAACAUUCAUAGUUCCGCACACUGGUGUAUAUCUGAUAAAGGCCUGGGGUGCCCGAGGAGGAACACACUCGACAAACUAUGGAUUUUAUCCUGGAACGUACCAUGGUGGUAGAGGGGCAAGGAUGCAAGGAACGUUUACCUUGAACAAAGGAACUGUACUGAAUAUUGUGGUGGGACAAAGAGGAGGAGAUUCAGUAGAGGUAGAAGGAGGACAGUCCACUAACUUGACAGCAGCUCAGCUGAACAAGUCCGUAGAGGACAAUGCUGGUACCGGGGGAGGUGGAGGGAGCUUUAUUUAUACAACAAGUAACGUGCUUUUGUUAGCUGCCGGAGGAGGAGGGGGUGCAUCCAGCGGGUAUAACGGGGUGGAUGGUCAGGCGGGUACUAGCGGCACCAGUAGCGUUGGAAACGUUUCAGGUUAUGUUCGUAGCGGAGGAACUGGAGGGAAUCCUGGUCAGUGUAACAGCGCAGGCGGUAAUUAUCAUGGGGGAGUGGGUGCGGGAUGGUUAGGCCAAGGUUGUUCCAGGGCCUGGUCCGAGCAUGGUGAAAGAGGCGGCUCACGUGCUCAGGGCUGGGUAGGUGGACGUGCUGGAAGAAUGAAUAGUGGCUACAACGGAGGGCCUCCCCCUGGGGCCGUAGGAGGGUUUGGCGGUGGCGGAGGGGGAUCUGAAGAUAAUGGUGCAUCAGGAGGAGGUGGUGGUUACUCUGGGGGAGGUAGCGGCACACACUCAAACCAAGCAGGAGGGGGAGGGGGCUCUUAUUGUAGUGGCUUGAAUUGCUCAGGCGUGAGUGGAGGUAACUCAAAUGACAACGGACUUCUUAAAAUCGUGGAAUCGUCUGUCUAAACCAAGAAACUAAGGCCAUGAUAAAAAAAAAGAAUAGUUUCCACUGUCGGUUUAUAACUGAUUAUUAUUAGAGUGUUCUGUAGUAGAAUGUCAAAUACUGUAUAUUAAUGUAUAAUGGUAAUCCGCGAUCGAAUACAAUGAACGUUAAUCAGCAGAAAUAAUAGUAAUUAUAAUACCGUAUUUAUUCGAAUAAGCGCCCAACCUCGAAUUAGCGCCCGCCUCGAAUAAGCGCCCAUCCUAAAGGCAGAAAAAGUUACUAAGCGCCCAGCCUCGAAUAAGCGCCCCCACCCCACCCACUUGAGUGACAAUAAAAUUGAAAUUGAAAUUGAAUAAGUGCGAAUAAGAGACUUCCCCGAAGACGGAGUUUUCUUCAGAGUAGUUUGCAGAAACCUUGCUUUGUUACUUCUUCGCGUUUUGUUAUUACCAUUUAUUAUUUUGCUGCAAAAUAAACAUACUACACUUGCUGAAAAUAGUGAGAAUUUAAUAAGCGCCCAGUCUCGAAUAAGCGCCCACCUCGCAUAAGCGCCCACUCUGAAGGUGCAAACAUUUAAUAAGCGCCCAGGGCGGUUAAUCGAAUAAAUACGGUAAUAAUAGUAAUAAUAAUAAUAAUAAUUAUAGAGAUAACCACAUUAUGAUGGCCUCGUUUAGGUAUAUAAGAGAUAAUGAGAGUAUAAAAACUGAAUAAUUUUCUAAAUAGGCUUCUAGUAGAGAUAAUUAUAUCAUCGUGUCUUUGCGUAGGUUUUACAGAGUAUAAGAAUUUAAUAAUAUUCUCAAUUGGCUUUUUAAGUAGAGAGAUUCAUAUCAUUAUGUAUAUUAGGAUCGUAUUAGGUUUCGUACCGACCUUUUUUUACUUCUAAGUAUAGCUUCUCAAGUGUUGUAGGUUACGUUAUGCACCCUAUACUACUCAUAAUGUAGACAGCAUUCCAAAGUUGUAUACUGCGAGAUAAUAAUAAAAACGAUUUAUCCUCAGAGUGGCUAAAACUCUUUGUUAAUUCUUAGUCUGAGGUAUGAAGAAAAGCUCUUGACUACUUAACGGACGAUCCAUCUUUACCCCUGUCUUGUACUGCGCAUUGCCUACGUUGCAUACUAUUGCGAUAUCAUAGAGACUGCAAUUAUCACUGGCCGCCUGGAGGAAGGAAACAAACAUUUUAUUUUUCAUUUGUCUAGUUAAACAUUUUAUUCGCGAUUAUAAGAUUAUAACCUCUCUCGGUCAAGAAGGUGUUGGUCUUGAAACUGGUCCCAGUUCCUUCGCGUGUACUUAUCAUUUGGAGCCGAAAUUGCCGGCCUUUGUUGUCUGUUUAGCAUGAAAAACGAAUCGGUCACGUUUUUACUGGUGACAUUUACUCGUAAUGGGUACACACACCAAAAAAAUGAUUUAAGGAAAUUUUUAUGUUUGCUUUUCAAAAUGGACACAGAGGAGCUCUUCUUAAUGUCAGACGGCACAGUAUUCGAGAGUGUGGGGGCUGCCAAUGUUCUCAAAUUAAAAUGAGGAAUAGAAAGAAGAUUUGUAGAUGAUGAACGUAGCUGACGAGAUGGAAUGGUACUGUUGCGGUCUAAUUUUGUUACAUUAUUUGCAAGAUCGGGUAAUUAUGAUUGGGAAAUCUUUUAAAAUAUUAUAGCCCAGAUAAAUUCGGUUGGCGGAGGAAUCGGCGUCUGGCCGUAAUUAGCAGGGGGGAGGGGCGCUGGGGUUCGUCCCGUUGUGGCUUAAAUUGUUUAUGCGUGACAGGUGGCAUGAUGAACUUAUACAAAUCAUGAAAUUGUCUGUCUCUACUUGAGCAAUAUAGAACUGUUAAAAUUUCUGAUGACUUUGCUUAUUUAAUAUUCAUUUAUUUUAUUUUUCUCCUGUUUAUUUCUUGACGGUGAAGGGUAAUUUGCAUGUAAGUGUAAGUGAAACGCAACGUUUCGUCGAAGUUCUUUUCUUCAGAAAUCGUAAAUUCACUUAAAAGAAUUAUGAUUUCAUAAAAAUUGUAUAAAAUGAAACGAAGAAAGCCAGGAUAUUUCAGUUCGAUGGAAAAGAUACGAGGUAAUUUGUAUACUGACCAAAACAACUUCCAGUGCAAUUCGAAACAGUUCGACUUCGGGCUUGUUUUCCUUGCAUUAGAUACAUCCUGUUGGAUUAAAACCUUACAAUAUUUUUUAGAAUCAAAAUAAUUUACACGUUGAGUUAGAGUGCAGUUCCUACAAAAAGGAGAGUAGCCCAAAAGCACGUCACUUUGAAGGUAAAUUAGGCUGAUUUAGCGACAGGACGGGAACGUCUGUUGACGAAGGGAAAGCGUGCGGAAAGGACUAAACACGACUUCCAGUGCUCAAUUUACCGCUCUGCCAAUGGUCAAGCCAGUUGUUUGAUUUGCGCGCACCGUCGUCAACUGACGUUCCUGUUCUGUUGCUAAAUCAGCCUAAUAUCUUUGCACGCCCCCUAACCGUUACAGUUGUAAAUCAGAGAGUCAAAGGACGCAAAAUGCGUCGGUACCCUGUGUGAGCCUGCCAAUAGUCAUGGGACCCGCGCCUUUACGCCAGACCCUUAUCAGUCGCUUAAGAUUUGUUUGUCUGUUCCAAACAUAAGGAAAACACGUUCCUUGAUCCAAUUAACUUUUCGCUUCUGGUUACAUCGAGGUGGGGGACCCCAGGUAGGUGGGGUAACCCGCCCGUCUGUAUAAUCUCUCAUUUAAAUUUGAUAGGUGGGGUUACCCGCCACAAGUUACCCCACCUAUCUGGUGCCCCCAACUCCACGUAAACAGGCUCUUAAGCUAGGGCGCAAUUGUGAUAAUUCGCAUAAACACGAGCAGCUAAACUUUUAUCGCACUGGUGACGAUUCCUCAGGGACCCAUUUAGGAAAAUCACGCCCACUCUUUCGUUUGUUUUCAAGGAUUCCAUGCCCACAUAGGUGGCACAAUGGCAUUAAUCCAGAAUCUUAUCUUUUUAAUUGGUUGGAUUCAUUUGCAACAUAGCGUAAAGCUGUCGCAUUUAAUUUGCCUGCUGGAAUUUUUUAUUGUUUUUAAGCUUAAAAACAAAAGACCUUUUGUGGGCAAAUACAACAGCUAUACGCGUAUGUUCCAAAUGAAUCCACCCAAAAUGUUAGCCGUCUUAUGCUGGAAACAGCAAAGCCGAGUGAUUCCGUCGCGACUUUUUAUUGAUAAAGGAAAUCUAGACGAGUAUCGCCGCUGCUAUUAAAGACAGGGUCUCUCGAGGAGAAAUAAGGUAGUUAAUUGUGAAACGAAAGGAACCGGCCUUGGAGUGUACAGGUUCAAUUCAGAAGGAUUGACUGAAAGCGCAAUGGUUUACCAAGGAAUAAAUACAGCGACAUUCAGGUUUGGAAUUUUAGAAAUGCUCCACGUAAUUUUGAGUAUAGCCCUUUCCGAAUGAGCAGGUUUUUUUCUACAACCGGUGAAGUCAAAAUAUAGCCUUUUUCUUGACUACAUGAUUUAUUUAAACCCUGUUAUUGAGUUGCAGCGUUGUAACAAUGCGAAGUAUCGUUUGAACGUGAAGCAGUUUACCUUGAUAAGUGGAGGGGGGGGGGGGAGCGGUCAUCCAGACCCUUAGAUAAGUAGGGGGGGCGGUCUCUCAAAAAUUUUUUUUCGGUUUUCAGUUUGAUCUAAAAAUAAGGGGGAAGGGCUGUACCCCCGGGCGCUGUACCUGGAUCCGCCACUGUGAAGUUAUUUUUAAACAAUUUCAAAUGGCAAGGGGUUACAAAUGUGAGGGAAUUGUGAAUUUUUCUCCUUACAUUGCUGAAGAUCCCGUCUCUUCUCUACGUAGCUUUUCAUGAUUGAGGCCCUCCGCCUACGCACAAGCAGUGAAUCCGCUCACCGAAGGUGCAUCUUUUUUUUGUUUGUUUAACUGCUCCAGAGAGGAAUUUUUCGAGUCUAAUUAAGUAUGCGGUUUCAGCCUGCUAGGAUUCGUAAGGACAGGACUUGAAUUGGGCUUGUGCGAUGUAUUAAUGGUUUUCACAUGACGUCACCAAAAUUUAAACUAAAGAAUUAUCGAUUCUUCUGAGUUUCUACUUUCAUGAGGUAUUACAGCAGCUAAACACCUUUAUUUAUAGGACGGUUCUGCAAAGGGCCAGACCUUUGCCUGGCUCGGAUGACCACAUAAAAUGGCGGUCUCGUCUCCAGUGGGAGACGUAACCAAUUAGUACUUUUGUGCUAUAUAUAUUGAGAUUUUAAAAUGUGAGUGUAUUUUUUUCCUUUGAUUGGCAGUGAGAGCUUAUUUGACCCAAAAAUCUAAUUCGCUCAGUGAAUCAAUGAAUUAUGAGAUGGAUGACUGAUCCCGAUCGCCAUUAAAGAAUUCAUGGUGCUAUACGAUUACGUGCGGAGUACGCGACAUCUCUUUAUCGCGAAGAAUUUUUCACAACACUCCCACGCCUCCGUCGAACGUGUCACUGGUUGCUAAGGAAACCCCAGCGCAUGCGUGAUAGGAAACGCGUCGGGCGCCGGUCGAGGUCUCUCUCCUUCCUCUCAAUUUCCUCUCCCCGUGAGAGACCUUUGCUAGCAAGGAAGAAGACGACUACGGAAACGAGGAAAUAGAAACCAACAGGUUUAAUAAGCAAAACAAAAACUCUCAACGUGCAGCACACUUUUCGUGGCAGAUUUCGUUGCCGUAAUCGAAACGACUGAGGUUGUCAAACUUGAUCGGAACGGCAAUGCGAUCGUCGUAUUGCGUAAACUUGAAAACUUAAAUGUGCGAUCAACGUUUUUACCAUGAUACAUAAAAUCAGUUUUAGUUACGUAUAUCAAAACCACCUAGCGUUUCGGAAAUUGCAAGUUAGUGCAAUAAGAUGAAGUCAUUUCCGGUACACGUUGAAAUCAAAUAAUAUGUUCCUGUUCCCUUUUAUGUAAGUCAUUUACCUUCUAGCUAUGUGGUCAACAUUUAAGGCAACCACAUUGGCUAUUAGCAGGCGUCAUAUCCUGUAAACUUUGCAAUUAAGUAUGAUAUCUUCUAGCUCCUGUUUUUGCAAACUAUUAGUAUCUUAUUCAAACGCAGUCGACCACAUAUAUUUGAGGCGUAUGAAACGUAUACAGCUAGCUACUUAAAGGGAAGGUGUUAGUAACUAGUCAAAGUCAAAAGCAGGUGUUGCUAACUCAUUUGCAACUACGAUACAACACUGGCACAAUGUCUCGAGCUCCAAGGCAAGACAGGAACUUAUAAAGACUAUGACGAUAUCGUCGGAGAAGCAGCAACAAAAGUGAAAGUUGAUGAGAAUCUUCAUCAGAAAUAGACCAAAAGAGAACAAACCCCAUCAGUGUCUGAGAAUACUGUGCAAGAAGAACUCAGAAAACUCCGGCGAAUGCAGGUCUUUAUGUGUGCUGCUUUAACCAUGACCCUCAUAAUUGCUGCUGCCACAUUAGGAUUUGUCAUCAUGAUGAAGUGGUCUGGAAACAAAGAUCCAAAUGCAUCAAAAAGCACGGUGCAAGGUAAGAGCCAGUGAACAAUUUAUACCUUAAGCUUAUUAGAGAUUUACAGGAAAUCAAGAGCCCUCCAAGAGCUAUCCCUGAAAAUAGUGUAUUAAGUUUUAAGCUUUAGUUAUUAGUUAUAAACACAACAGGGUUUUUUAAACUUUAUACUAGUUAUUAUGGCCAUGAAAAUUAUCUUUAAUUCUUCGUUAAUACAGAGCGGUGUUCAGGUAAUUUUGGAUGCUGGUUCGCUUGUAUUUUGACUCAAAUAAACUAAAGAAUUUUAAUUGCAAAUGCUACAAUUGACGCAAAAAUUGAUUCCCAGUAAGGAAACCAGGGCUUUAACUCAAUUGCAAAAAUUAAAAUGAAGCAAAAAAGAAUCGCUAAACUAAAAUGAAUUGUAAAUAUUCACGCUGGAUCUAUCUUAUUCUACUUGCAAAGCAAACCGUUGCAUAUAAUUAGUAAUAACCUUAUUUUAUUAUUGCUAAUUCAGUCAUUGAAACUGUUUGGUGAGCAAAGUAGUUGACCUUGUUUAUUUCAACGCUCUAAAAGGUAAUUAAAAGUGAAAUUAAUGAAUGAAAAGAUAGUGGGCUUUUUCAAUUUACGAGUAGAAAAAGGGCUGAUUGGGAAUUGUCCAAACUCUGCCCAAAUACUGCUCAAAAAUGCGGAAUUUCUACGGGCACUGCUAAAUGGUCGCUUCCAAAUUAUGGCAUUCCACAAGCCCUCCCCGAAGCCCCAAACUGGUUAACUGUGACGAACAGCUUCCGCUCAGUAGUCAGCUAACUAUUUGGAUAAUCACUGAAUCGCUUUAAGUUUUGAAAAGCAUUGCUUUGGAACUACAUUUUAAAAUAGUUAUCAGACUCUUGUAGAAUAUAAAUUGCAAACUUUAAAAAAAAAAAACACAGUAUACCACACUUGUACUUCCACUACACCUGAGCGCUCGUGAAACGGAAAUGUUCGUAAUUGGUAAGUGUUUUCUUUCGGAAAACGGAUAUUGUUGUCUUGUGGUCAGGGGAAAAAGCAAUAGUUUGACUGUGGCCUAAUAUCUGAAAUUAAAUUUUAUUUCUUUCUUUUUUUGGGGGGGGGUGGUGGUGGAGGGAAAAUCAGUUUUGUACGUCUCCAUCUACAAUGAGUAUGUUUACUUAAAUUCUAAGAGAAAAAUAAUAUAACGAUCAACUUAAAUAUAUGGCAUGGUUCAUAGCCCUCAGAAGCAUAUCGCUAAAUAAGGAUACUUGUUUAUCUGAGUGGUAACAAAGAAAUCGUUAGCUGGCUGGUUGUGCGCUAACUACGUCCUCUUCGUAAACUAGUGCAUUGAUUUUUGACCUUACAUGUCUUGAUUAUUUCCCUGCGACUUAAUUCUAUCUAUUUCAAGCUAUCCGUCGUGUAAUUUAUAAAACACACGAAAAGUGUUUUCCAAAAAACUAGACAUUAUGGUAGACAUAAUGUAAUUUAUGGCAAGGCAUGAUGAUCACAUGAUAACUCGCUAGGCCAGGCUGUACCAGGUACUGCAAAUCUAGCCAAUGAGGUUAUUAGGGCUGUGUCAGGGUUAAGUAAGUAUAUCGAGGUAUUUACCCGGUAAUUCUUCCUUCUCUCCAACUCGGUCAGAUCUCGAGCAAAAUCUUUCCCUCCUUCUCCCCUUUCACCUGCCUGCGGGUUAUUAUUGUUAACGGUAUUUCCUACUUCUUCUUUUUUCAUUUUCUUAUUUAGUUGUCACGGUAGUUUGUGGCGGAUUUUUGUCGCCCAAUUUUUUAUUCAGUAGGUUAAUCGGUUUACAUAUAUCGAUGUGCUGUGAUUCUGUUUGCUUUGAUUUCAUUAAACCUGCCAAAAACCGUGGCCAGAUUUAUCCAACACAGUUGUUUGUUUAUAUUUUAAUUCUGUUCCUUAUCGGAAAGUUCGUAACUGGAAAUGGAAGCAGAGCUCGCGCAGAGUUGGACCUUGUUUUGAACACAUGCCUUGAUAUAAAUUAGAGUUAAUAACAUAUUGCAAGCGAAUAACUUGCACCAUUUGACUGGAUGACUUAAUGCAAACUAAGAGCUCCAUGAAGUGAAUUAUUGAAUAAAACAGCGAAAAAAUAAAAAUUAAUAAUAUCAACCUUUUGAGUUUAUUGAUCUGAUAAUACGUUUUGAGAUUUGGUUUUCGUCCACCAAUUUUGUUUCUUAAAAUAACUUGAAAGAGACAGGACAGCGCCUACAAUGAUAGAUGACAUCCCUUACCCGUUAUCCUCUCUUUCACUAAUCUGUUUUUGUGCUUAAUUACACAGCUGUUAAAAAUGACGACUGUGCAACGAACCCUCAAUUAUGUGACGCUAAUGCUGUUUGUAAAACAUUGGAAAACUGCCAUGGCUGCAUUUGUAACAAUGGAUACACUGGAAACGGAAAAAUAUGCACUGGUGAGUAGGAGUGUUAAUGGUGGAAAACGUAUAAGAAACGCAUAAUGAUUUGGCUAAGUUUUAAUCCCCCAGUGUGAGGUAAUCCAUGACAGUCCCGGAUUCUGGAUUCCGGAUUCCAGGUACUGGAUUCCAGUCAGUCGAACUUGGAUUCUGGAUUUCACACCCUGGAUUCUGGAUUCCAGGUACUGGAUUUCGGAUUUCCUGUCAGUGGAACUUGGAUUCGGGAUUCAAAUAAUUAAGGGGAUUCCGAAUUUCUUGAGCUAGUUGACGGAUUGCAAAGUCCAGGAUUCCUGAUUUCCGUACGCAAAUAUUUCCUGGGUUCUGGAUUCCACCAGCAAAGAAUACCCGAAAACGUUCCGAGAUCCGGAUUCCUUUACUUGGGGCGAUAAGUUGUUGUUUUUCUAUUUAAUAAACUUGCAAUUGUUAUGACUUCCGAUGACAAAAUAAUUGCUAUAAAAAAAGGUUCAAUACUUCCUUUUUAGAUAUUGACGAGUGUUCAACCAACAGUCACACAUGUGAUGUCAAUGCCUUUUGUAACAACACAAAUGGAUCUUACAAAUGCAGCUGCAAUCCUGGGUUCUUUGGAAAUGGACAAGCCUGCUUUGGUAAAAAUCAUUGUCAUUGUUGUCGUUGUUAGUCCUGUUUCUUAGCUUUCUAUCACGCGUAUGAUUUGCCUGGUAUUGCUCAGUGAACCGGGGAAAUUCUGUUUGUUUCUUUUUCAUUUGACAUGUCAAGCAUUCUUCCUCUUACCCUAUCUCUAAUGAAGCCCUGUUAAGGUAAAACUGGGACAACCAACAUGGCCUUGAUUGAUGAAAGACAGAUGAAAUGGCGACAAACGACAUUAAGAUGGGUAAAAUACUAACAAGGAUAUGGCCUACUCUUCCAAACGCGAAACCAUCGCAUUUGAAAUUCAUCCUAGAGACAUACAUCAUAACCCCUCCCCCCCUCCCUCCCCCAUCCUAAGGGGUCCUCCCUGAAGGCAUCUGUCAAGCGUCGAACUUCACUUCAAAUGUGCCUGACCUAAAUGCUAAUGAGCAAAAUUUAUUGUUCUCGCCUAUUCACAUUUGGUUCAGCACAAGUUAACCUCAAAGUUUGAUUUGCUCUGCUGGCCUAACAGUGCUUUAUUGAUUAAGUGAUCGAUCGAUUGAUUUUUAUUUAUUUAUGUUUUUACUUAUUUUUUGGCUUCUAUAAGAUAUUAACGAAUGCGUGACCAACACCACCAAAUGCCAUGUCAACGCCUAUUGCAGUAACUCAAAGGGAUCGUAUCAUUGCACCUGUAAUCGAGGAUACAGCGGAAAUGGAACGUCGUGUACUGGUAACCAUGUUUACUUAAUGAUUUAUUUAUUUAUUUAUUUUUAGUAUUCCUUGCAAGGCAAUCCAAACGUAUACGCUCGUAUCGAGACAAUUUGCUCGAUGAGGCACUAUCUUGUUGGGAAGCUUGCUAUCCAACUUAUAUGCUGUCUGUUUUAUUAGCUUUUUCUUUGUUACACUUUAUGAUCUCUAAAGGGCUGACUACAGCUUAUAUUAUUAGCGUUUUCCACUGACAUUCUGUUUCGUCUACGAAAAUCCGCUAAUCGUAAUCUUUACAUCAAACAAAGAGGCGUAUAAAUAGAUACGACAAGCGCGGAUUGACUAGCGAAGAGGUUAACUCUAAUUUCAGAAUGGGCAUUGAAUGGUUCAUGAUCCAGCAUCUAUAGAGAACAAUUAAAAAAAUUAUCCACCACAUAAUUAAACUAGACAACUCAAUUUUAUGCAUUUUUCCCUCGGACAAUGGAUUUAAGGAAAAAAUUCGUCUGAGACCUGUGUUCUCUGGGCAAAUUCUCUUCUAACAAAUUGGCAUCAGGCAGCCUCGACCCCAUCAAUCUCAUUAUACUGUGUUAUACCUUUGACGAAAACACAGUAUUCUGAUUUUAUAUUCUCUGUUUUCAAGUUCUGCUUGUCUUAACAUAUUUCAUUGUUAUUUGAUAUCACUUUUGAAGCUAUUAUAGAGCGUAUAGUUAAUUUCUUCAAUCGCACCAAGAGAGAAUGAGGUAACUUACCUGAUUCUCUCUUGGUCGCACCCAUUCACUAAACAUAUCUCAAAUAGGGUAGCUUUACACAUCUUUACAUCAUCCUUAGCCCUUGCGAAUUCCCCUACCAUCUCUAUUCGGUGACUGUAACAUAUCGAUUUAGCCAAAACUAAAGCAAUAAACUUGUAACUAUGCAUGUUAAGCCUGGGAUGGGGUAAAAACUAGUAACUUGUCAGCGGAUAACUUCAAUAAACACACAAUCUCGUUGAGUCGACACCUAAACCUGCGAUACGGUCAUGUGAUACUGGUAAGUGGGUACCCUGUUAUUGACCACAACAUGCAUGUGCAAUAUCAGGUUGCAGGCUCCCACUCUAGCCACAAAGUGUGACAUUUCACAUUGGUUUCCCUGUGGUGCGGACGGACUGGCGGAUGGACAGUCCCUUAUAAUGGAUAGAUUAGCAAAUUCUCUCCGCUGUGGGGCUGCGCUCGCGUUAAGCACUGCUAUAACUACCUGAAAUUAAAAGGAUUUUACCUGUUUGCAGAUAUUGACGAGUGUACAACCAACAUUGAUUCAUGUGAUGUGUAUGCUUCUUGUAACAAUACCAUUGGGUCUCAUAACUGCACCUGUAAUUCUGGGUUCUAUGGAAGUGGACAAGAGUGCCUAGGUAAAAUCAAUUGUUAAUAUUUUUCUUGAUUCAUUGUUUGAAUUUCAUUUUAUAGUCAAGCCUCCAGGUGCGACCCCCUCCCGUUGGCUACCACUUAUCCAAAACCCCAAAAUUUCCCAUUGAAAUUACUAAUAGUUGGAACCUCUCGCAAACGACCGCGACCACUUUUUGAGGAGACAAGUUUUCCACUGCAUUUAACUCUUGUAGGAGGCUAGUUGAUGCAUGGACUGAUCUCUAUGUUUUCUGUAUGAACUGCGCUACUCAGAGUAUACGAAAAAAAUUUAGUGAUAACACGGAGCUUAAGAAAGAAGAAAUUGCAUCCAGUAAAUUCUCUUUCAAAAAGUAUGUGUCAGGACUUCAGAUCGGAAAAGUCUCUCCUAUCGUUCGAUUCUCGUAAAGCGACCACCUCCCGUAUGAUAACUCUGAAUCUUCGCAUUUUGAGUGACCGCUUAUGGGAAGUUUGACUGUAUUACGUGCUUUUCCUUUGUUGAUCUUGUUUACGUACUUCCAGCCAGUUAAAAAUUUGCUGGCGCGCAGACGUCCAUUCUGCGAAACAUGAGCAAGGAGAGACAGCUGCAUUCGCAGGCUUCGACAGGGUAGAGAAAAGAGCAAUAGCUAGCAAUACACGCCCAAUUACAUUAUUCUUGUAUCAACAUUUUGUGUUAAUUAUGUCCUCUCUCUGUCUCUGUUAUAAAAUAUGUGAAUGUGAAUGUGAAUUACAGUAUGGUUUUGUUCGACUUUCAGAUAUCAACGAGUGUACAACCAACGUCCAUGAAUGUGAUGCCAAUGCUUUCUGCAAUAACACUGAGGGAUCUUAUAACUGCACAUGCAGCUCUGGAUAUACUGGAAAUGGAACAUCGUGCAAUGGUUAUUAUCAAGAUACUUAGCAAAUUAAGCUCUAAUUAAGGGCCAUGUCACCAUUGGUUGAUUCUGGGUUGAAGUCAUUGCUCAGUGCCUUCACCUAAACACAACAUUUUGUUGUAGAGUUAUGAAGAAAAUAUCGAAUUUUAUCAGGGAGCACUGACUGUUAUCAUUUUGGGGAGUGAUUUUUGCAGGCGUAGCGUUAUAAAUUAUUUCAAGUGUCAAGUGUCAAUCCUUGCCAUUCGUAGCAACAGACAACAGGAAAUAAUUUCAAUACCUAAAUAUAGCCUUAUUUGACAAAACUGGAACAUUACUUUUGAGUUACGCCAUUUCCGAGUUCCAAAAAAACUCUCACUUUCAAAACGAGGCUAAGUGCAAAACCUUUCUUGUUAAAAUGAGUUUUAUUUGCAUGGGGAAAAACCAUUUCCAUUAUCAAUGGCUUCGCACUUAGCCUCCGACUUUGAAACAGAAGCUUAAAGAGAACUUAGAAAAGGCCAGUUGCUGAAAAGACACAUUUUAGCUUUUUUAAAAAAAAUGGCAAAAGCCCCUUUAAAUCUUUAACAUUUUCAUAACCUUGUUGAUUAUAAAAAGACGACCAUAAAUCCUCUCUAAAGCUCCCCUUCUCAAAUAAGCUCCCCCCCCCCUUUUAAGGGGAAGAAAGCUAAGAAGCCCCCCUCUCUAAUAAGCGCCCCCCCCCCUCCCCCCUGUCUCCCCUCCCUUAAUUAUUCUUCACUAAUGAAUGAUAGACUGUAUUAAUCAAUCACGACUGUGAAACUUCGUGUGGACUGAUCCAGGAUGGUUUAUUUACCAAUGGAAGUUCGGAUUUGAUUCCGAUCCUCGGCUGCAUGACUUCCAACCUUCUUGUACUUGGGCUUUUCCACUUUGUAUUCUAGUUCUUUAUGGAGAACUGAUACCAUCGUCAUUUCUAAGCAAAUAAACCCCCCUCUCAAAUAAGCCCCCCUCCUCAAAUGGGCUUGAAAUAAAUAAGCCCCCCCCCCUCCCCCGGGGGGGUCUUAAAAGAGGAUUUACGGAAAGUUUAAAUAUCAAACAUUUCUCCCUCUCACUGUGAAAAAAAAGCUUUGAAACUGAAAAAGGGUAAAGCCCAUGGUGUUUCCAUGACAACAGUAAUAACAAUUGCUGAAAAAAAGGAUACUUUAAGAGGCUCAGCUACGACUGGCUAAUUUAUUCGUUCCUGAACGGAUUGUUAUACGUUUGUGGGAAACUACCCACCUACCCCUCUCCUAAGUCAACAUUUUGCCCUAAGUGAGAAGUAAGUGUUAAUAUUGGCUUAGGGGAGGGGUAGGUGUGCUUUUUCCCAGAAACGUAUUAUGAUUUUGUCUAUAAUGCCAGUUACACUCCUUAUUAGCUUUCAAAUAAAUAUGACUAAUAUAACUUCUAAAUGAUAGAAUCACAUUCUAUCAAAGGGUAGAAAAAUGCAUUUUGCAAAAAACUGUUAGCGUGACAAGUUUUCAAAAACCACAAUUGCAAUCCGCUUCAUCAAGUUUUUCCAUCCCUGCUAACUUUCAGAUUUGUAUUUGCUGUGUUAUUAAUACCAUCUUUUAACGUUUUCAUCGGUUAUUUUUGUUGCAUUCAAUUUGGUGAUGGUUCCCACUGUUUCCGUUUUGAUGCUUUAUGUGAUAUAUCCCCUUUAAAUUCCUCCAGAUAUUGACGAGUGUUCAACCAACAAUCACUCAUGUGAUGUCAACGCUUUUUGUAACAACACAAGUGGAUCCUAUCGAUGUACUUGCAAGUCAGGUUACUUUGGAGAUGGACAAGUGUGCAGAGGUAAAAAUCAUUUCGUUUGUUUGUUUUACCAUGCGUCUGUUUUGUCUUGUAAUGUUUCUCGCGCCACGCAUAUUUUUCUCACUCAUUGUAACAAACCAUUUUUUCUUUAAAAGAUGUAAACGAAUGCGCAAACAACACCCACAAUUGCGAUGUUAAUGCGUAUUGCAAUAACACCGAGGGAUCGUUUUCCUGCUCCUGUAAUAGAGGAUAUAGCGGAAAUGGAACAUACUGUACAGGUAAAUAUUAAACAAUUAUUUCAAUUCAUACUCUGAUUUCUGCAUCUUAUUGGCCACAACCCUAACUGGUUAUCAUCAUACUAUCAAUUCAUCCCGAUUUUUUUAUUUAUUUAUUUUUGUUUUUUAGUAGCGCGAACGAUUCAAAACUGUGCAAUUUACACGCGUGAAAAGGUUAUAACAAGCAUUCCGGCCCGUUUCAUAGACAUCACCCCCCCUUCCCCCAAUUCAACUCCUUUUCGGAGAUUGCAUUGCGAAUCUCUAUAAGUGAUAUCGCCUUUGGUUCUGAUAUUCAGUCCUCUUCUGGGAAAACAGAAAAGCUAAAAUACAGACAAAUGGCUAUUAAUUAUGGGUUGAUCCUAGCCCCUUUCUGUCUUUGUAUUUGCCAAUAUGUUAAACUGAUAAAUAAAACUUUAAGUUUUUUCUUUUUAGAACUUAAGAUAAUAACGAGUGUACCAGUAAAACGCUCAAGUGCACCAAACGGUUGUAUAUUAUUCAGUAUUUACACACAUGACAUCAGGCCUUUUUCGCCUUUCAGAUAUUAACGAGUGUACUAUUAGCGUCGAUAACUGUGAUGCCAAUGCUUUCUGUAAUAACACUGAUGGAUCUUUUGACUGCAUCUGCAGUCCAGGAUACACUGAAAAUGGAACAUCAUGCACCGGUAAAUCAUGUUCAAGUCAUAUAUAAAACUAUAUAAUGAACUCCGAAACAUACAACGUUGCUCCUCUCUCCACUUUCUCUCCCUAUUACUCUAUUCAUGAUAACCUGUCUGCAAAAAUAAGAGCUGCUUUCUCUCGUUCCAGAUAUUAAUGAAUGUGUGACUAACGUCCAUGACUGUGAUGUCAAUGCUUUCUGUAAUAACACUGAGGGAUCUUAUAACUGCACAUGCAGCCCUGGAUACACUGGAAAUGGAACAUCAUGCAACGGUUAUUUUCAAAAUGUUUUGUUUGUUUGUUUGUUUGCUUUUAUUAUUUUUUAUUCACUUUCGUUUUGAACUUACCGUAGUUUAAAAUCACCAACUUGUAUGAUUUGUGUUUGGGGGCGGGGGGGGGAGGGGGAGGUUGUUUAUUGCCUUGGUAUUGUCUUCUGUCAACUGAAAAUGAAGAGGGAAAUUAGAAGAAAUCAAUGCCACAACCCAAGAAACAGUUAUCCACAAACGUCAUUUAAACUGAAUAUGUCGAAAAUCAGGCAUUUUUUUCAGCGCAGAAUGAGCUUUGGAAUGUUUUAUAGAAAAGGCGCAAUACAAAUAAUAAAUGUUAUUGUUAUUGUUAUUAGCUUACCUAUCUGUUUUUCUAACACUCGCUUAUAUAUUUGUUUUCAGCUUUUUUCUCCUUCACAACCGACGGACGAAUAGGAAAUCAUGGCAUUAUUCAAAAUUUUACAGUUCCGAAGACCGGUGUGUAUCUGGUAAAAGCCUGGGGUGCUCGAGGAGGAACACACGCACCGACCUAUGGAAUAACCCCGGGAACAUAUCACGGUGGCAGAGGGGCAAUUAAGGAAGGCAUGUUUCGUUUGAAUAAGAGCACUGUACUGAAUAUUGUGGUGGGACAGAAACGUGGAGAUUCAGUCCAGGUGCAAGGAGGAAAUUCCACUAACUUGACAGCCGCUCAGCUGGGACUGUCUGUAGAGGAUAAUGCUGGUACUGGGGGAGGGGGAGGGGGGAGCUUUGUUUAUACGACAAGUCAUGUUCUUUUGUUAGCUGCCGGAGGGGGAGGGGGUGCAUCCAAUGGUUAUAACGGGGUGGAUGGACAGACAUGUAGUCAUGGUACCAGCUCUGUUGGAAAAUUCCAAGCAAGUCCUCGAGGAGGAGGAGUUGGAGGGCAACCCGGUCUUUGCAACUCUGGGGGAUUAAACAGCGGGGGAGUCGGCGCCGGUUGGUUUGGUCCUGGAUGCCUCGUAUCGGGUUCUGGACAUGGUGAAAGGGGCGGGUCACGCCCUUAAGGCUGGGUCGGAGGAAGAGCUGGGGAAAAGAAUAGUGGUUAUAACGGAGGGCCUCCCCCAGGGGCAGUAGGAGGGUUUGGUGGUGGGGGAGGGGGAGCGGAAGAUGGUGGUGCAUCUGGAGGAGGAGGAGGUUACUCUGGGGGAGGAAGCGGCGUAUUUUCUUUUCAGGCAGGAGGGGGUGGGGGUUCAUUUUGUGGUGGCUUAAAUGGAAGUUGUUCAGGUGUUUCCGGUGGUAACCUGAAUGACAAUGGGCUAGUACAAAUCACACAAUUGUCAGGCUUUACUCACUAUGCUUGUAGAUCCUUUUUUUCACUUUCUCGAUUUUGGCAUACUGGAGAAAGACUUUGCUUGAAUUUGAUAUUAGUUGAGCAUGCGCUGUAUGUUGCUAGGAUACAGUUUCGAACCCAGGCCUAAAAGCUUUGCGCGCGACACAGCUGCAAUCUUGGACAAAAAUGUUAAGUAAAAUGCACCUUGUAUGUCUAAUUUUAGAAUACGUCCCUCUAAAGCCCCGUUCACUUAAGGUACUUCCCCCUUCCCCCUCUUCUUAAAAAAAAUGUUGAAGUUUGGCCGGAACAUUUUUGCUCCCGACUAAACAACAUUGACCAGGGAAAGGUGGUGGAAGGGGUCAUCAUGGUGCCAAAUUCGCAGGGCGAGUCUCCUUUGAGUAAGAAAGUGCAAAAUUCUUAACACUUUUUGUCCUAGAUUGUCGCUCAGUUAUCACCGCGGGUUUAUUACUAAACGAAUGCUCGCACUCGCGAAACAAGAUUAACACGAGCAAACGUGAUUGAUAAGUCGGUAAGUUCGGGCUUCGUCGACUUCAAGGACUCACGGUGGUUCAAGCAGAGCUUCCCUUUCUACUCCCCACCUGAAGAAGAGAAAUGGAGGUCAUUGCUUCAUGGUAGGGCUUUACUGUUACGUUAUGUGAGACGUUUUUUUGUUGUUGUUGUUGUUCUUCUUCUUCUUCUUUUCUUAGUUGGUCGUUAGAGGUCAGUUUAAAAAUCGUACAAAAUUUACAUGGACAUGAUGUUACCAUUCAAACUACUCAGAAAAAAAGUUUUGUAUGGUAAAAUUUUUUUCUUAUAGUCGAUUUGACAGAAAAAUAAAAACAAAAUUUGAAUUUUCUUCUGAACUUUCUUUAACUUUAUUGUUGUUUUUUUCUCUCUAAAAGUUCGGGUGGUCAUGCGAUUUACCGCCAAAACGCGCGGUUGCUUGAAAUGUGAGGUUUCGCCCCGGCUUACAUGAAUGGCUUGCGUCUGUACGGACGAUUCUGUCAGAUCCAAAAUUUCUUGGCUGCUUACUAGAUAACCAAAUUUUCUCACCGAUGGUGCUCCACUGUGUGCGGCGCCCAAGAGCUUCGCUUAAUUGCUGUCUUUACAGAAAUGAGACACUUAACAGCAAAAUAAGAGGAAAUUAAUGAGCUGGUAUUGGAAGUGUACAAAUGUAAACUGGGAGAAUUGGCUGAAAGAGCGCAAUGGUUUAUAGCUUCUCCGGAACAAACAAGUUUCAUUUGUCUGACAGAUCAAAAUAUCCUUCAAAUUGACGAUAUCUAAACCUUAUUUUACUGAUUUGCAGACUGAGUCGUGUUUAACAUCGCGAAGCCGUAACAUUUGAACGUUUCGUUUUAAACAAAUUGAACAAUAGGCAGUUACACAUGCUGUAGCUCAAUCUCUCAUAGGGGAAAUAUCAGUAUCUCCUUGAGCUUUUCAUACAUACAAAGCACUCGAUCGGUCUCAUGUAAGGGGCUCUUUACAUGGAGGGAGCAGGAACCUGCUAGUACCAUGAAAAUCCUAGAAGGCAGCACAACUUUUCGUUAAACCGGUAUUUUGCACCCACUGAAGAGUCUAUUUUUAGCUCAUCCUCGAUGUCGAUGAACCUGCGUAACUUACGAGUGACGUAAAACAAUCAAUACAAAGAAAACACUCAGAAGUCAAUACGAUAGAGUGAAGGAAAAUAGUGAGAAACUCAUCAAAGUCUAACUAGAGCACCCUAUUCAGUAAAUAUUCGAUACAAAUUGAAUAAAUUAAAAGUACCUAUGAAGAAAAAAAAUGCUCCACUAUAAGGCUUACUCAGAAGGUAUAUGAGAGAGAUUUCUAUAGCCAUGUUUUUGCAAAUCCAGUCAGAUAUUUAACAAUUAUUCCUUAAGCCCAAAUGGGCUCUGAGUCAAUAGCCUAUGAGGUCGAAGAGCGAGAGGAAUAAUUGUUUUAGUAACAUCCAACUAGUUGGUCAAAAAUAUCGAGACAAAACAACUUUAGCUAGGAAAACGCGAUUCAGCCGCCAUUGUUUUGGCUUUCAAAGCCGGCGCUUUUCGCUAUUAGUGGGCUAUAACAUAUAGCCUAGUACCAGCUCAACUAAUCAAAACGCAGCAUUGAUAAUAGACCACUGGCUGGAUUAAUUUAUAUCAUAUAUAUUUGAUUUUUUGGGUUAAAACGUAAUUGGUUUUAAAAUAUCAUACGACUAUCUCGUGACUUUAAGUUAAGUUAUAUAUAUAAUUAAGUUAUAUUUAAAUGUGCUCCGGUGCGUAAAACCACGAUUAAAAAGCAAAUUAUCCCUCUUACUGUGGGGUCUGAAAACACCCUUUUUAUUAAACUGUCUCUUUUUAUACUCUGGCUGCGGGCUGUGAAACCACGAUUUUGACCCUUAAGAAAAUGACAGUGAGAAAUCUGCAUUACAGCACCAGUAGUUAUAUUAUCACCUAGGAAAUUAAAAUGCCAUGCAUGUUUACGCCCGUUCUUCACCGUGUUACUGCGUAUUCUUGCAGUUCUUCCGUUCAGUUUUAGUCAGAAAUUGCCAAAGCAGCCUCGUUUCUAGAUUGAUUGAAUGAGUGAUUGGAGUAAUAUAUAUAUCAAGCUUUUGCCUUCCUGUUACUUCUUUACGCAGCCUUUUUUAUAAUUUAGUUUGGGCAUCGACGUAUCCCACAAACUUGAAUCGUAUUGUUCUACUUCAGCAAAAAAAAAGUCGAAUUAUUUCCAAGACGCCAUAGUUUAUGUCAGUUCUUAUAAAGUAGGCUUGCUUCCUAAUGUAUUUAAAGAAUUGUUUUUAAUGACAAAUCAAGUUCAUUCCCAUAAUACCAGAAAUUCAAAUACUUUCUACUUUACACUAUUAUGCACUAAUUCGAUUGCCUUCUUUUGUUUACCCCUUGCUAUAUCAGGGGCACCCAACGUCAGUUUUCGGAAAAUAUCUGUUCGGGAGACGAUUUGAAAUCUAGAAUUUUCGGAACAUUUGUUUUAAAAUUUCUUGCUUGCCUGCCUCUUCUAGGAUUUUUGAACAUCUAAAAAAUCAUAUAAUUGCCCAUGUUUUUAACGUAUUUUUACCCUGAGGUCACCAAGAAUUUUCGGGAGCCUUUUUUCUGGCUGAAAUUUUCGAAAAGGUGAGUUUUGAUCCCCAUAAUUUUUGGAUCACUAGUAAGACUAGGAAAUCAGAACAGAUGAAAAAUUUUUAGGGGAUAAAAAUAUGCCUAUAUCUGCCCUUUAAAUACUAGAGUAGGUUUAGCAAUGCUAUGUUUAAGUGGUUUCGAACUAUUUUCUCGGAGGGUGUCCCUGCUAUAGUGCACUUACUAUUUGUUCGUACUUGUCUCACUAUUCAAGUAAAAUCACUUUAUCAUGACGCAUGGGCUACCAUCAUGCAUCUUUACGCCGGCUCAAGAUCUUACAUCCUUAUAACGAACGUAGAAGCUGAGGACUUAAAUAAAUGUUUCUUGAAAUCAGCCGUAGACAAUCCUGUCUGCAAUGCAAACAAAGCAAGAGGUUAUUUUUAGUGCGAAAAAAGGGGGCUCCUGCGAAGCGUUUGCGUGUGUUAAAAGUGGGAGAAUGCCUGGGGCCAACAACAGAACGGAAUAUUUCAAAUAGAUUGUAUAAGUUUAAUGUCCCUGAACAAGUGGGAUAUUAUUUGUAGUGGCAGUGGAAACAAGUUGACAGCUUCAGAGUCUGGGCUGAUAAAAGUGAACGAGGGAGAACAUGAGUGACCCCACGAUAGAGAGUCCAAGUCGUGAAAAUGACCGGCGAAUACUGAUCAUGUUAACUGUCUUCAUCUGUCUUAUUGCCGUUGUCAUUUUGGUUAUUGCUGCUAUAAUGUUGUCAUUGAUAAUAUCUCGAAAUAAUGAUGUUGAUGAUGAUGCUAAAGGAUCAAAACUUGACGCCGUGGUGCAGGGUAAGCAAACGUUACAACUUUUUAAAAGUCCGGCUGUCUACUCGUAACACCCUCAACUAGCGAUUAAAGGCUUCUAAACUUGCCCUGUCAUAUCUCGGUUUAGUCCGCUCUUAGAACUUUAUUUUUCAAGAGCCCGCGCACUUGUUUUGCAGUAGGUAUCUCAGCUAGGGUAAGUUUAAAAGACAAAUUUGUUUCCCGGGGAAUUUUACAUUUUGUUUCAGUAUUUUUGCAUUCCUGAUUCGGCAGGGGCACCCAACGACUGUUUUCUGUAAAAUAUCUGUUCGCAGAAGCAAAUAUUGCCUAGAAUAUUCUAUUGCUUGAAUAGGGCUAAAAAUUUCUAGAAGAGCGCUCCAUUCAGGUACGAUUUUCGAAACUUAUCUAAAAAAUUCCCUACUAUUUUCUGAAGUGUAAUUUUUCAUCUUUUACUCCUUAUGUUAGGCUAAUUUUCGUAGAAAAAGAAAAACCGAAAAUUUUCGGAUUCAAAAAUGAGAUGAAAAGAAGAACAAGAAAAAUUCUUACCGAGUUCGUUCAACUGCAUCUAAAAUUUUCGGAAAAAUAACAGUGAAGCCCUUGUAAUUUUGAAAAGCCUUCAGUUUCCCUAGGAUGACCGAACAGAUGCAACUUUUAUAGUGCUGCUUAGAAUACAUUUCUAGAGAUCUAAAAGUACUCUGGAUAGCAUAAAAAGACUUUUCAAUGCGUUUAGGAGGAAACCGUCGUUGGGUGCCCCUGAUUCGGGGGCACACAGUCAGCGACUUUUUUUCUGUAAAAGAACUAUUCGAAGGGGCAAACUAUUGGAGACAAAUAAACUAACUUCCAAGUUAGGAUUUCGAGUUAGAUUUCGAGCUGGAUUUUCGAGAUAGGAAUUUGAGUUGGAUUUUCGAGUUAGGAUUUCGAUUUGAAUUUUCGAGUUGGAUUUUCGAGUGAGGAUUUCGAGUUGGAUUUCGAGUAAGGAUGUAGAGUUGUUGUUUUCUUUUUUCGAGAUGGUUACUAGUAAUCCAGCUGCAAUGAAUCGGCUAGUUUGUCCGUAAACCGUCUCGUAGAUGUCCAGUGCAAUGCAGUCAACAAAAGAAUUCCUGUAGGGGUGGGGUUGGUAUUUUGCCUUUUUAUUCUGCGACAUCAUUAUAUAAAGUAUACAUGAAGGAAGAGGUAAGACGAUAACCGGACGUACUCUAGAAUAUGAUUUUUCUUGUCAUGUCUAUUCCGGUGGUACAAAUUUAGAAAUCGCGUUAAGAAUUAGACACAACAAAAGGCAAAUAUAUAAAUCCUAUAAUUCCAUUAUAUUUUGAAUACCAACAAAUGGCUCCAAUGCUGCUUUACAGACCUUUCCUAGCUUCUUCCCUUGGCGGACACCAAGCAUAUAUUCAUAUAAAUAUUUGUUCAUUUAUUUAUUUAUUUAUUUAUUUAUUUAUUUAUUUAUGGGGCAUCGAAUUUUGCAUCUGCCUAAGAGCACGGGUGGUUCACGUGAUGCGCUCGCGCUUCGCGCUCGACGAGAUUAUAAACUCGCUUCGCAAGAAUUAUCGUCCAUCUCCCUAAACAUCCAAGGAAGCUUUUCUUUUUCUCUUCUUUUAUUUUUCUAUAUAUGUUUAUGUUUAAUUAUCAACUAUAUAAUGAUACCCUAAAACUUAAAAUCAGUUUAAAAUUUGAACAUAACUGCUUGCGCUUCCAAUUAAACCACAACAUAUCAGGCACGAUCUCUAGCGAUGCACGAUUCAAUUCAAAAAUAUUUUUUCAAUCUUUUUCAGAUAUAGACGAGUGUGAAACCAGCAUCCAUUCAUGUGAUGUCAAUGCGUUUUGUAACAAUACCAUUGGAUCUUAUAUUUGCACUUGUAAUCCUGGGUACUUUGGAAAUGGAAAAUCGUGUCUUGGUAAAACCUUAAACUAAUCGUCUUGCAGAGUUCAUCACACUAUGCAGUGCCAGUCCCUUUUUCCUGUUGCCUUUAUUAGCUUUGAUUCUGAUAUCCAGCAAACCCCUUUAAUUCUCUGCUUGCAGCUAAAAUGUUUUUGCGUACCUCUGAUCUCGAGUUGUCGCCUCCGCAGUUGAUUUCAGCAGGUGGUGGAUGUACGUUCUCUUUUUUCCACAAAGUAGUUUUGGGUUUUCGUAUCCGACAGUGUCGUACUUAGUUGUCUUAGUUGCUUUCGAGGUUUGUGUUUCACCAUAGGGCGUUUUGUAAUUAGGAGCGGUCUUGUUAACUUACGGUAAUUUUGCAAUAAACUGGUUUUGAGGUCCUUGCUGACCCAGAGGCCCCCGCAUUUAUUCUUGGGUGGGUGUCUUUCUGGGUAGUGUAGGCAAAAUGUAAUAUUUGUUUGGAUUUGUUUUUUUUUUCUUUUUAUCUUCAUACAUUCUCUCCCUUCAGAUAUUAACGAGUGUACCACUAAUGUCCAUAAUUGUGAUGCAAAUGCUUUCUGUGAUAACACUGAUGGAUCUUACACCUGCGCAUGCAGCCCUGGAUAUACUGGAAAUGGAACAUCCUGCGCCGGUAAAUUAUCAACGCAUUUGCAUUUUUACGCGACCAUAUAUUAUUGCUAUUAAAACUGGGGGAGCGGGGGUAGGACAGGGGGGGGGGGCGGUGUAAAUUACGUCUCUGCUCCGUUAUAAGCAAUAUUUGUUUGGGUUUGUUUUGAUUUGUCUUAACAUCUAAGGUUGCUGAACACAAUUUCUCUAAAUCGGAUUUAUCCCUUUACUGUGUAUUUUAACAACUUUAUCAUUACAUAAAGAAAAAGAGGGAGGAAAGGCUGAUAAAAAGUUUAACAGAAAAUAAUGUUUUUGUCGCCUUUGACAUAUCACGUGACCUCAGCGCGGGCCUGUUGAACUAGAGCUGAACAUGCGUACUUUCGUAAGCAACGUAAAUAAACUACAAUAUCUUUAAAUCUACUCAUUAAAAUGUGACGAAAUUUGACAGAAAUCCUGUUCAUGUCACGCUCAAGCCAAUAAAAGCGUCAAAAUAUCUUUUCAACAAAGGAGUUUUGUGACAAAAUCAAGAUUUCCAUAAAGGCUAUUUUCUUGAAGAUUUUAAAAACUGUUCGUUACAAUUUUGGUCAAGUGGUUUCUAAAAGAUGAGGGUUACUAAUCGAAAGCUGUGUUCAAUUUUCUAAGAAAAUCCAAUGACUGAAUUUUGCUUAAACCUAAUAAAUUGAAAUUUUUUGGCUUGUUGUCAAACUUCCAUGUUGCCAUGGCAACAAUCCAAGUCUCACUUUCAACUUAAUAAAUGUCAUGUCUGAUAAAUAUAGAUUGUUUGAUGUGCUGAAUCAAAAUGUUAGCGUUAUACCCUCAAUGAGUCUUAAAUAAAACCCCAAUAAUUGGUUAUGAUCCACAACCUAUCAAACUGUGUUCAGGCACCUUAAUUCUCUCCUUUCAGAUAUUAACGAGUGUACAGCCAAAGGCCAUAACUGUGAUGCCAAUGCUUUCUGCAAUAACACUCAGGGGUCUUAUAACUGCACAUGCAGCCCUGGAUACACUGGAAAUGGAACAUCAUACAUCGGUAAAUCAUCGCGCCUAAUGCAUGUAAAAUUAUUUUAGCGAGGUGCAAGAAAGAAGCAGUACCCCAUAAAUGCAUUAAGUAAUUCUCCAAACAUAUCUCUCAGCGUACUUAUGGAAGCCCAUCUGAUAAAGUACAAGCUAUUUCUUGGAAAACGCACCCUGUUGUUUGAAUCGUAUAAGCGGCCACCUCCCGUAUGAGACCACUUACACUUGCAUCUUGUUUGGUCGCUUAGCGAGAAGCUUGACUGUAUGUUAAGAAGUCCGAAAGAGUGGAACCCCAUACAUAGAAACGUUCCUUAUCCAAGGCUUAUUAUUUCAUUCAUAGACAUCGUUCUGCUGAAAAUACCUUCCUUUUAGAUAUAACAAGUGCAUACUGGAAAUGAAACAGCAUGCACCGGUAUAUCAAAAAUCGUUUCUGCUGCAGUAUUGGAAUUAUGUUUCGUUGAUCCGGUUUGCCCGCAUCAUCUUAAAUACUUUCUUAAUACUUCUUUCCUUUCAGAUAUUAACGAGUGUACCACUAACAUCCAUAACUGUGAUGCCAAUGCUUUCUGCAAUAACACUCAGGGUCUUAUAACUGCACAUGUAGCCCUGAUACACUGGAAAUGGAACAUCAUGCAUCGGUAAAUCAUCCUGCCUAAUGUAUGAAAAAUUAUUUUAGUUAGGUCCAAGAAAGAAGCAGUACCCCAUAAAUUAAUUAAGUAAUUCUCCAAACAUAUCUCUCUUAAACUGUGUUCAGGCACCUUAAUUCUCUCCUUUCAGAUAUUAACGAGUGUACAGCCAACGUCCAUAACUGUGAUGACAAUGCUUUCUGUAAUAACACUGAGGGAUCUUAUAAAUGCACGUGUAGCCCUGGGUACGAUGGAAAUGGAACAUCUUGCACCGGUAAAUUAUCAUGACCAAUACAUUUAAAGAAAAAAAAAGCAAUGCAUGUAUUUUAACUCUUUGAUUUUUUUUAUUUCAUUUCAUUUCAAGUUUUCCUUUUUUGUUUUGCUUUUGUUUUUGUUUUUGUUUUUGCUUCUUGGGGUGUGGGGGAGCUUAAAAUCGUUUGGGCUGCAGUAUUUGAAUUAUGUUUCGUCAAGAGCCAUCAUGGCUCUUGGUUUCGUUGAUCCGUUUUGCCCGCAUCAUCUUUAAUAUUUUCUUAAUAAUUCUUUCCUUUCAGAUAUUAGCGAGUGUACCACUAACGUCCAUAACUGUGAUGCCAAUGCUUUCUGCAAUAACACUCAGGGGUCUUAUAACUGCACAUGUAGCCCUGGAUACACUGGAAAUGGAACAUCAUGCAUCGGUAAAUCAUCCUGCCUAAUGCAUGUAAAAACAUUUUGGCGAGGUCCAAGAAAGAAGCAGUACCCCAUAAAUGCAUUAGGUAAUUCUCCAAACCUAUCUCUCACAAACUGUGUUCAGGCACUUUAAUUCUCUCCUUUCAGAUAUUAACGAGUGUACAGCCAACGUCCAUAACUGUGAUGCCAAUGCUUUCUGCAAUAACACUCAGGGGUCUUAUAACUGCACAUGCAGCCCUGGAUACACUGGAAAUGGAACAUCAUGCAUCGGUAAAUCAUCGUGCCUAAUGCAUGUAAAAUUAUUUUAGCGAGGUGCAAGAAACAAGCAGUACCCCAUAAAUGCAUUAAGUAAUUCUCCAAACAUAUCUCUCAGCGUACUUAUGGAAGCCCAUCUGAUAAAGUACAAGCUAUUUCUUGAAAACGCACCCUGUUGUUUGAAUCUUAUAAGCGGCCACCUCCCGUAUGAGACCACUUACACUUGCAUCUUGUUUGGUCGCUUAGAAUACGAGAAGCUUGACUGUAUGUUAAGAAGUCCGAAAGAGAAGAACCCCAUACAUAGAAACGUUCCUUAUCCAAGGCUUAUUAUUUCAUUCAUAGACAUCGUUCUGCUGAAAAUACCUUCCUUUUAGAUAUAACAAGUGCAUACUGAAAUGAAACAGCAUGCACCGGUAUAUCAAAAAUCGUUUCUGCUGCAGUAUUGAAUUAUGUUUCGUUGAUCCGGUUUGCCCGCAUCAUCUUAAAUACUUUCUUAAUACUUCUUUCCUUUCAGAUAUUAACGAGUGUACCACUAACAUCCAUAACUGUGAUGCCAAUGCUUUCUGCAAUAACACUCAGGGGUCUUAUAACUGCACAUGUAGCCCUGGAUACACUGGAAAUGGAACAUCAUGCAUCGGUAAAUCAUCCUGCCUAAUGUAUGAAAAAUUAUUUUAGUUAGGUCCAAGAAAGAAGCAGUACCCCAUAAAUUAAUUAAGUAAUUCUCCAAACAUAUCUCUCUUAAACUGUGUUCAGGCACCUUAAUUCUCUCCUUUCAGAUAUUAACGAGUGCACAGCCAACGUCCAUAACUGUGAUGCCAAUGCUUUCUGUAAUAACACUGAGGGAUCUUAUAAAUGCACGUGUAGCCCUGGGUACGAUGGAAAUGGAAUUUCUUGCACCGGUAAAUUAUCAUGACCAAUACAUUUUUUUUUUAAAAAAGCAAUGUAUGUAUUUUAACUCUUUGAUUUUUUUUAUUUCAUUUCAUUUCAAGUUUCGUUUUUCUUUUUAUGUUUUGCUUUUGUUUUUGUUUUUGCUUUUUUGGGGGGUGGGGGAGCUUAAAAUCGUUUGAGCUGCAGUAUUUGAAUUAUGUUUCGUCAAGAGCCAUUAUGGCUCUUGGUUUCGUUGAUCUGUUUUGCCCGCAUCAUCUUUAAUACUUUCUUAAUAAUUCUUUCCUUUCAGAUAUUAACGAGUGUACCACUAACGUCCAUAACUGUGAUGCCAAUGCUUUCUGCAAUAACACUCAGGGGUCUUAUAACUGCACAUGCAGCCCUGGAUACACUGGAAAUGGAACAUCAUGCAUCGGUAAAUCAUCCUGCCUAAUGCAUGUAAAAUUAUUUUAGCGAGGUGCAAGAAAGAAGCAGUACCCCAUAAAUGCAUUAAGUAAUUCUCCAAACCUAUCUUCCUCAAACUGUGUUCAGGCAACUUUAAUUCUCUCUUUUCAGAUAUUAACGAAUGUACAGCCAAAGUCCAUAACUGUGAUGCCAAUGCUUUCUGCAAUAACACUCAGGGGUCUUACAACUGCACAUGUAGCCCUGGAUAUACUGGAAAUGGAACAUCAUGCAUCGGUAAAUCAUCAUGCCUAAUGCAUGUAAAAUUAUUUUAAGCGAGGUCCAAGAAACAAGCAGUACCCCAUAAAUGCAUUAAGUAAUUCUCCAAACAUAUCUCUCAGCGUACUUAUGGAAGCCCAUCUGAUAAAGUACAAUCUAUUUCUUGGAAAAGGCAGCCUGUUGUUUGAAUCUUAUAAGCGGCCACCUCCCGUAUGAGACCACUUACACUUGCAUCUUGUUUGGUCGCUUAGAAUACGAGAAGCUUGACUGUAUGUUAAGAAGUCCGAAAGAGAAGAACCCCAUACAUAGAAACGUUCCUUAUCCAAGGCUUAUUAUUUCAUUCACAGACAUCGUUCUGCUGAAAAUACCUUCCUUUUUUAGAUAUAACAAGUGCAUACUGGAAAUGAAACAGCAUGCACCGGUAUAUCAAAAAUCGUUUCUGCUGCAGUAUUGAAUUAUGUUUCGUUGAUCCGGUUUGCCCGCAUCAUCUUAAAUACUUUCUUAAUACUUCUUUCCUUUCAGAUAUUAACGAGUGUACCACUAACAUCCAUAACUGUGAUGCCAAUGCUUUCUGCAAUAACACUCAGGGGUCUUAUAACUGCACAUGCAGCCCUGGAUACACUGGAAAUGGAACAUCAUGCAUCGGUAAAUUAUCCUGCCUAAUGUAUUUAAAAUUAUUUUAGUUAGGUCCAAGAAAGAAGCAGUACCCCAUAAAUUAAUUAAGUAAUUCUCCAAACAUAUCUUUCUUAAACUGUGUUCAAGCACCUUAAUUCUCUCCUUUCAGAUAUUAACGAGUGCACAGCCAACGUCCAUAACUGUGAUGCCAAUGCUUUCUGUAAUAACACUGAGGGAUCUUAUAAAUGCACGUGUAGCCCUGGGUACGAUGGAAAUGGAAUAUCUUGCACCGGUAAAUUAUUAUGACCAAUAGAUUUUUCAAAAAAAAAAAAGCAAUGUAUGUAUUGUAACUCUUUGAUUUUUUUUAUUUCAUUUCAUUUCAAGUUUCGUUUUUCUUUUUAUGUUUUGCUUUUGUUUUUGUUUUUGCUUUUUUGGGGGGUGGGGGAGCUUAAAAUCGUUUGAGCUGCAGUAUUUGAAUUAUGUUUCGUCAAGAGCCAUUAUGGCUCUUGGUUUCGUUGAUCUGUUUUGCCCGCAUCAUCUUUAAUACUUUCUUAAUAAUUCUUUCCUUUCAGAUAUUAACGAGUGUACCACUAACGUCCAUAACUGUGAUGCCAAUGCUUUCUGCAAUAACACUCAGGGGUCUUACAACUGCACAUGUAGCCCUGGAUAUACUGGAAAUGGAACAUCAUGCAUCGGUAAAUCAUCGUGCCUAAUGCAUGUAAAAUUAUUUUAGCGAGGUCCAAGAAACAAGCAGUACCCCAUAAAUGCAUUAAGUAAUUCUCCAAACAUAUCUCUCAGCGUACUUAUGGAAGCCCAUCUGAUAAAGUACAAUCUAUUUCUUGGAAAAGGCACCCUGUUGUUUGAAUCUUAUAAGCGGCCACCUCCCGUAUGAGACCACUUACACUUGCAUCUUGUUUGGUCGCUUAGAAUACGAGAAGCUUGACUGUAUGUUAAGAAGUCCGAAAGAGAAGAACCCCAUACAUAGAAACGUUCCUUAUCCAAGGCUUAUUAUUUCAUUCAUAGACAUCGUUCUGCUGAAAAUACCUUCCUUUUAGAUAUAACAAGUGCAUACUGGAAAUGAAACAGCAUGCACCGGUAUAUCAAAAAUCGUUUCUGCUGCAGUAUUGGAAUUAUGUUUCGUUGAUCCGUUUUGCCCGCAUCAUCUUUAAUACUUUCUUUAUAAUUCUUUCCUUUCAGAUAUUAACGAGUGUACCACUAAAGUCCAUAACUGUGAUGCCAAUGCUUUUUGCAAUAACACUCAGGGGUCUUAUAACUGCACAUGCAGCCUUGGAUACACUGGAAAUGGAACAUCAUGCAUCGGUAAGUUAUCCUGCCUAAUGUAUGUAAAAUUAUUUUAG